AUGUCAAUGACAACCAAAUCAUUCCCAAUAAUUUGUGUGAAAGGCAAGUCAAUUCAUGUAACACUUCUAGCUUAUAUUGCAGUUUGGCAUUCUGCAAAUUGAAUUUUACGAGGCUAUUAAAGAGAAGUGCCAUUUCGGAGGUGCAAAGUUAUUUCUGUGCAAUGCCCGGGGGGAGGGGAGACUUGAAAUUGACAAUGGUUUGUGAGGCUGCAUUAUAGCUCAUGGUUUAACUCUAGUCUAGGGCAGUGUCAGGCUUCCGGGAAUCAGAUCCUUCCCCCGGUGGCAGCAAAGAAGCAGAUAAAAAGGGGAAGAGUUCUUACCAAUUAGUUUAUUCUAAUUGGCGAGCACUUUAUGCUCCCAACCCCCACAGUUAUAAUUCGUAGGUUGCCAUAUGAUUCUAUUUUGCUUUUAACCUAAUUUUAAGCUGUGUUUUAAUCGAUUGUUUGACUUAAUGUUUUAGUGUAUUAUAUAUUUUGAUGUUAGGGACACAGGUGGCACUGUGGGUUAAACCACAGAGCCUAGGGCUUGCCGAUCAGAAGGUCGGUGGUUCGAAUCCCCGUGAUGGGGUGAGCUCCCGUUGCUCAGUCCCUGCUCCUGCCAACCUAGCAGUUAGAAAGCACGAAGUGCAAGUAGAUAAAUAGGUACCACUCCAGCGGGAAGGUAAACAGCGUUUUCGUGCGCUGCUCUGGUUCGCCAGAAGCGGCUGAGUCAUGCUGGCCGCAUCACCCGGAAGCUGUACGCCUGCUCCCUUGGCCAAUAAAGCGAGAUGAGCGCCGCAACCCCAGAGUUGUCCGCAACUGGACCUAAUGGUCAGGGGUCCCUUUAGCUUUACCUUUUAUAUUUUGAUGUUAGCCUCCCUGAGCCCGGCCUCGCCGGGGAGGACAGGAUAUAAAUAAAAUUUAUUAUUAUUAUUAUUAUUAUUAUUCAAUAACCGCAGCGAGAAACAAAGGAAUGCGGUCUCUCUCUAGAAAUGGCGUUGCUCCAAGUAAAGCCCCCCCCAUUCUACAUCAGUCCUGUACCAGCUGAUCUGAGCUUUCUGCCGCUGAGCUCUCUGUUCUACUACCCUCAAUGCCUGUCUGGUCCCGGGAGAAGCAGAGUCAGGAAUGCUUUCCAAGGACACUGAGUCUGUCAGCUGUCUCCCCCCGGCACUUCUUCUUCUUCCUGCUGUUCCUCUUCCAAUAUUUCCCAGCUUCUGCCCUCUGUAGCCUCUGAACUCUGAACCCUUCUGCAAACCACUGAUCUAAAUCUAUACUGUCCUCCUGUUCUUGGGAAGGUUCAGGAGAAGUGGGGCAGCCCCCACCGUUCCUCCUCAGUCCAGCCCCUGACAGGCAAGUAUCACCAACCUUUGUAGAACCAGGGCCCACUUUUAACCCAACCAAACAUUUGUGGACCCAUUUCUUAAUCUGUUACUAAAUUUUUGCAUGGUGGUAGGGCUAGGGUUGCCAUGCAUCCUCUUUUUCCAGGACAUGUCCUCUUUUUCAGGGGUAAAAUUUCUGUCUGGGUGGAUUUUUUAAAUUUGCCAAAAUGUCUCUGGCUAUACUUUCUGGAUGAGACAUAGACAUACGGUAACUGGUGGCUGAAGACCUGCUUUCCUCUUCUCUUCCCCUGCCCCUCUCAGCAAUAUAUCAUAGCUUCUAUAGCCUACAUAUUGUAGAGGUAUCUAAAAUGAGAGUCGUCAUAGCACCCUCUUUUUUUGCUCUUCAAAGUAUGGCAACCCUAGAUAGGGCUCUUGUUGAGAGUGCUUAGUGCACAAUUUAUAUUCAAAAACAUUACUUGGGGGGGCAGGUGGGGAGGAGAGGCUGACUUAGGCAAUUAGUUACCAUGGUCUCACAAGGCUUUCCAUGGUUUCCUAGUUAUUUAGCAACUAUGCAUGACACCUAAAUGCAUUUUAAAUUUUAAUUUUUAACCAGAUUUCAAACAUAAUCCUGGGCUUAUAGAUGCUAAGAUCCAACCCAAACUAUAUGUGAAUAAGCCCAAUAAACCUGUUGGAGCAAACAUAGUAAAGCAACAGGUGGGGAAAAGCAAAACAAAACAUUGGCACUCUGAGGCACGAAUCUGGCAAUCAAGCCACUGUGCAAAUGAUUUGAAAGCAACUGUGUUGGGCAUCUUGGGAUAUGAGUUAAGGUGAACGCGAGUGUCUGGGCUGAGAUCCAGCACUGGCUCAUUAGUAUUCCAAUAUCACAUCCAAAAAAUGAAGGAGAAUAAAAGAUGAGACCAGAGUGGGAAGAAGAGUAAUGACAAUAAUAGCAUGCUGUUUCUUCAAGUAUUGAGCAAUUUGUCCUGCUGCCCCCCACCGACCCAAAUCCAACCUCAGACUAGUUAUGGUAAAUAGCCUGUUGUGUUCUUUACAUGCCUCCACACAUGAUAUCAGAGUAGGAAACAGGCGUGCAUUCUAAAGACGGGGAUUGCAACCAAAGCGGCCCAUUCUCCAGCCGUCUCCUGCCCCAGGUUGUUUUCGCCUGUUUUGGAGGCUAGGACCCAAACCAAUGCAUUCAAGUUACAGCUAAACACCAGGAAGAACUUUCUGACAGUAAGAGCUAUUUGACAGUGGAACAGACUCCCUCAAAAGGUGGUGGACUCUAUUUCACUGGAGGCUUCUAAGCAGAGGUUGGAUAGCCACCUGCCAUGGAUGCGUUAGUUGAGAUUCCUGCAUUGCAGGGGCCUGGACUAGAUGACCCUCAGGAUCCCUUCCAGCUGUACGGUUCUAUGAUUCUAUAUAUAUAUAUAUAUACACAUUUUUAUUCAUUUUUAACAUAUCAUUUCCAACAGUCAUUUAACAUACGUUCUUAUCUUAUACAAUAUUUUAGAUUUCCAUCAACUACCUCUGAAGAUUUUCCGUUCUGUAUCACUUAAUCUGCAUUUCUUAAUUUAUUACUUUUAAUUGUCCUUAACUAAUGAUUCUCUUCAUAGUCUUCCUUGCAAUCUUUCACAUAAUCCUCCUUACAAAACUUCUUGCAGUCCUACUAGCGUAAUCUGUUUAGUACAAUUGCUUUUCAAAUAGUUCAAAUAUUUUCUCCAGUCCUCUAAAAAUCUCUGGUCCCGCAGGUUUCAAAUCCUUCCUGUCAGUUAGUCUUAUUCUGCAUAGUCCAUUAAUUUCAUUUGCUACUCUUCUUUCGAUGGCAAUUCUUCUUGUUUCCAUUUUUGUGCUAAUAAUAAGCUCUAUGGUUCUACGAUUCUACCUUUCUAGUAUAAUGGUCUGGCACACUGUCUAUCUGCAUAGACUGAGAGGAGGAAAACAGGGCUGCAUUGAGAGAACUGAACUUGUGAGAACUGUACUUAUUGAAGGUCUACAUCAGGGGGAACCUGCAGCCUUUCAGAUGUCCUUAGACUCUCACUCCCAUCAGCUCCAACCAGCAUAGCCAAUGGACAAGGAUGAUGGGAGUUGUAGCUUAAUAACAUCUGGAGGGCCACAUUUUUCCUACACUUGGACUAGAGUGUGCUCCUUAGCUUUUGACAUGGACUUUAGAGACAACUUCUGCAGAUUAAUUUAUGGUCUCACUGUGUUUUUCUUUUUUCUUUUCUUUUAUUGAUACAACAAAAAAGGAAAACACAGAUACAGAAUUACACACAAGAAUAACAAUGAACACAAAAUUUUCUUAACAAACAAUAAAACAUAAGUUGGUCUUAACACUAUAGACCCCACCUCCUGUCUAUUCCUUAUUUCAAUUUCAUAUUACUUAUUGCCAAUACACACUUUUAUCAUAAUUUAACUUUUUCUUAAUAUAUCUUAACUCUUAUGUCUAACUUGCAACUAUUACUGAAUUUCCUUGAAUGCUGCAAAAGAGUUUAAACUACUGCAAUUAUAUUUCAAAUAUUCUUUGAAAACCUCCCAUUUUGAAACAAACUCCUGUUUUGGUUUAUUCUUUAUUUUUUCUGAGAGAUCAGCUAAUCGUGCUUGUGUUUUUCUUUGGUUUCCAUUACGUUAAAAAAUGCAGAUGUGAAUGAUGCACCCUUCCUGGCACUAAUUUAAAUAUUGUAACUCAUUCUCAGAAAUGUGUAAUGACCUUUCCCAUUCAGAAAGGUUUUGCUAUUGGUAACAGUUCAUUGGGGGGGGGGGAUGGAUGAGAAAGGGGUGGAAGAUACUUCCUUGUUUGCUCAGUUGAUACAUCUGGCAGAUUCAGCCUAUCAUUUUCCAACCAUUUUGUAAAACGUUGUGGCUGCAGACAAAGGUCAGCAGCUAUUACUGUUAACCAUUAUAGUGAUGAGUGUGUAUUUUUAUUUGCAUGUCAUUAAAAUGGUGUUUAGAAGCAUUUACCCUAUACUAGAUGACAACGUAGCAUGACAUGCUUUAUUUCAGGGGCAUACGUGGAGCCUGGUUUGAAUUAUAAGUAAGGAUGUUAUAAAUUUCCCUCUGCAUCCAGCAUUGUUGACUCAUCUGCCCCUAGUAAAAAAUGGCAUUAUGGAAAUAGCUUGGUCAUGAUAGGCACAGAUUCCGUAAGGGAGGAAUUUCCUGUGCUCUUAAUAGGUGUGCAGAACAGAGGAUCUUGGCUAGGAAAUAAUAAUUUAAUUAUAACCACCUGGCUGGUUUUCCCCAGCCACUCUGAGAGGCUCCCAACAGAAUAUUAAAAACACCAAACAUUAAAAACUUCCCUAAACAGGGCUACCUUCAGAUGUCUUCGAAAAGUCAGAUAGUUGUUUAUUUCCUUGACAUCUGAUGGGAGGGUGUUCCGCAGGGAGGGUGCCACUACCAAGAAGGCCUUCUGCCUGGUUCCCUGUAACCUCGCUUCUCACAGUGAGGGAACCUACAGAAGGCCCUCAGAGCUGGACCUCAGUGUCCAGGAAUUUGGGGGUCUCCUGCUCAAACAGCAGCUCUCUAUCAGACAACCACCUUUGGAAGUGUGAAAAUUUUCAAAAGCAGUUCACAGUAUAGCAUGGGGUAGAGUUGGGCGAUCCCUGGUUUUCAACAUGGUGAUAUAUCGCAAUGUCUGAAAUAAGGAUGGAGCUAUGCAGAGACAUUGACAGGCCCACUGCUUUUCCCACAUUGUGAUUUUUGCCAGUGGCUGCUCCUGUGAUUCGCUCCUGCAUGAGGCAGGGGAGAGCUGAGCUGGCAGAGUUAACAAGGGCUGCAGGAAUUGAGAGAAGCAUUGGCCAGCUUCACGGUUCUCCCCACAUUGUGAUUUUUGCAUAGCACACACACGUCAUGUGUGGUCAAAAAUUAUGAAACCGAUAUCGCAAUAUGAACUUCAAACCGAUUCUGGACGAUAUAUCGAUACAGUCGAACCUUAGUUCCUGAACAGCUUAGUUGCCGAACGAAUCGGCUCCCGAACGCCGCAAACCCGGAAUUAAGUGUUCUGGUUUGCAAAUGUUUUUCCGGAAGCCAAAUGUCUGACACGGCUUCUGCUUGAGUGCAGGAAUCUCCUGCAGCCAAUCGGAAGCCACGCCUUGGUUUCUGAACGGUUUUGGGAGUCAAACGGACACCCAGAACGGAUUACGUUUGAGAACCAAAGUACCACUGUAUAUUGCCCAUCCCUAGUGGUGCAUGAGAAGAAAUGCUGUUCAGUUAAAACAGACAAAUCAAGAAAUUCACUCGACAUACCCAAGGACUCCACAGUUAGCUUUUCGGAUGCUGAUGCCUGACUGGUUAAUUUCAUCCAUCACAGAGCAACUUCAGCUUAGCCAGAGCAGAUCUUCAGUGAUGUGAAGGGUCACACAAGGCACUAACUUUUCCGCAAUUAUUAAAUGCAUUAUAUUGGGUGAAUCUAAUUAUAUCUCUAUGUCGCCCUUCUCCAACCUUGCGGCCUCUACAUGUGUUAGACCACAAUCCCCAACACUCCCAGCCAAAACAGCCAAUGGCCAGGGAUGGUGGAAAUUGUAGUCCAAACAUUUUGAGAGGCACCAUGUUUGGGAAGACGCUUAAACAUUACAUGCUUAUUCACCCUCCCCCUGGAAACAUGCUAGGAUUAGUGCAUAUGACAGUAAUGCCAUGUGUCAAACACCAAAUGUACAUAAUAUUUACUCCAGUCCAUUGGGAUAGUUCUCUUCAAAAUGUGUAGCAUUACAUAUUCUCUCUUAAGUGGCUCAUGCAGAGAUUAUUAAAGCACAAAUUAGAAAUAUACCCUUUGAAAACAUCCUCCAGAAAUAAAUUGUAUACAUGUGUAAUGUUAUAUCUAUCAUAUCAAAGUCAUAAUUUGGGAGAGGGAGGUGAGGAGGUGGGGGAACAAGAAGAGAUACAUUUAAACUAAAUUCCUGCUGUUCCAGAUUAUCUGAAAUGACCUGAGAUGUAGUUCAGAAAUGGAUUGAAUAGGAUGCUGUGUAUUUUGGCUCAGUCCUUAGAAGCAAAUGCUUCUAUAGUGGUGAAAAGCUAGAAGGGGAGAUUAAAAAAAAAUUCUGCUCUUUACCAGUUAGCCCUGCAGCAGUUUACCAUUCAACAGCAGAUAAAUAGCUCUUCUGAAUCCUGCAGGCUAGAGUGCAUUAGUUAAACAAACAGAUAAUGAAUGUGGAAGAAUUCAAUUCUAGUGUCUGGACUCCUCCUCAACACCCUGAAGACUCUAUGGAAAUAAGUAGGGAAAUUAUCCUUUAAUGUGACACUCAGAAGCGCUACCCGAAGGCAUAAUUGUCUUACCAGUGAUUCUGCUGUUGUCUUUUCAGUGUACAAAGACACCUGGAGAUGCAUAAAUACUCGUCGGUUUGAAUCCACAGCUGCCUUUCUAUUAUAAACUAGACACUCUUGCAUCAGAGUCACACCAUACAUUUAAAGCACAUGGCUUCCCACAAAGACUCUGGGGAACUGUAGUCUGUGAAGUGUGCUGGGAAUUGUAGCUCAGCGAGGAACAAACUACAGUUCCCAGAAUUCUUUGUGGGGAAACCAGCAUUUUAAAUGUGCACCGUUUGGAUGUGAUGGUGGACUUGCAAACUCGACUUUCUGAAAUUUGAGCUCUUCGUUUGAUUAUUGAUUAUUUAAAGGAUAACAUAUUUCAUUUCACUUUUCAUUUGUAGGAAGUUGGGUUAUUGAACCACUGAUCAAUCUCUACUUGAACUGAACAGAAACUCAUUGAGUCCCUUUAUUUAUCUGUUAUAGUUGAGUCUGAUCUGUACUGGUUAAACUUCCUGUUUAGAUGAUGGUAUGGCUUAAGUGGUAAAACAUUUCCCUACACUGGAACAACUUGUACCAAUUUAUUUAGGAUAAAUUUGGGGUGUUGUUUGUUUGUAUUUGUUGUGGGGCGUUGUUGCUGUUGUUGCAGAUGGUUUUUUGUAUCUUUAUUUUAGAUAUUGUGAUAUAUGUGGAAAUUGUUCAGGUUGGUUGCGUAUUUUUCGAUGUUGUAUUUAUUGUUUAUUACUACUAAGUUGUGGGACGCGGGUGGCGCUGUGGGUAAAACCUCAGCGCCUAGGGCUUGCCGAUCGCAUGGUCGGCAGUUCGAAUCCCCGCGGCGGGGUGAGCUCCCGUCUUUCGGUCCCAGCUCCUGCCCACCUAGCAGUUUGAAAGCACCCUUAAGUGCAAGUAGAUAAAUAGGGACCGCUUACUAGCGGGAAGGUAAACGGCAUUUCCAUGUGCUGCGCUGGUGCCGGCUCGCCAGAGCAGCUUCGUCACGCUGGCCACGUGACCCGGAAGUGUCUCCAGACAGCGCUGGCCCCCGGCCUCUAGAGUGAGAUGAGCACACAACCCUAGAGUCGGACACGACUGGCCCGUACGGGCAGGGGUACCUUUACUUACUACUAAGUUGUAGUCAGUGCUUUUUUUCUGGAGGGUACGCAUACCCUAAACUUUUUGUGAAUCUAAUUUUGGCCUCAUUGAGGGGCAGUAUUUCAAUAUGAGUAGGAAAAUGCAAGUACCCCUAAACAUUUUUUUAGCAAAAAAAAAAAAAAAGCACUGGUUGUAGUCAUGUAUUUUUUUAUAUUGUAAGCUGCCUCGGGCAUACUUUGAACUGUGGAAAGGUUGUAUGCAUGUAUGUAUUGAGUCCAGCUGCUUAAUUUAUUUUUAAGUUAUCUAAGGUAUCUAAGGUAUCUGGACCAAUUUGGCAAUUAUUGCCUGUGUUCUAUCAGCUAUUCAUUUUUACUGACAGGCCAGCUACUUGCUUCAGGUCUUCCAAUACUUUAUCAUUCUGACCUUUCCAGAUGACUUGCAUUAUAAAUACUUAGCUAUUACAGGAAAUUCAGGUGUCUUCCCUCAAGGAAGCAGUUGUAUUGCAAAGACGUUAUACUGGAAAUGUGGCAGAACUGAUUCAUGUAAAAUGCAGCGGUCCUGCCGUGAUGGUUUGUGAUGUUUGAAUUGUGGUGGCAUAAAUGAACUACUUAAGAGGAAUGUAAAUUUAGUGGUUAAUGUGCAUAACAACUGGACAGUAUGCACAUUCACCAGGCUUAGUCAAUAUGCAGAAUCUCCAACAGGCUGCGGGGAAAUGUCUAUCCAGGAAGCGGAGAUGCCCCCCCCCCCAAAGCUCAAACAACAGUAACAACUUUUGGGAAUAUGGCAACCCUAGAAAUGUGCAUAUAGUAACUGAACUUUGUAGUAGGCAGAGCUAAACUUUCUUGGCUGGUUAAAUCUCUCUCUCCCCCUCCACCCCUGCCACAAUUCUGAUGACUGACCUCAGGUGGGAAAACAAGUGGAAAAACUAGUGUCUACUCACAGUAAGCCUGUUCUUCCAUGCAGCAAAACUAUCUAACAAUUUUAUGAGAAUGGGACAUUGUGCCAUUUUGAGGCCUAAAACUAAUACACAAUGAAGAAUAACAUUUGGUGAGUUUUGAGAAGAAAACUGACACUUGGAGAGGUGCCUUUCUCAUCCCUGAAUAUUGCUGCUGCUUUCCAAAUACUUUUCUUCUUUAAAGAUUGCUGGUCUUGAUUGGCAUGUGUGUCUUCAAACUGUAUACAAUUCAUCCAUCCGUUGUGCAUGUAUAUUGUCCUUUUCCGUCUCUGCUAUAGCAUUUGGGGUGUGUGGGUGGGUGUACACACACACACACACACACACACACACACACACCCAAAUAAACCAAAUAAUAGGUGCAAUGGAAAUAUCUUUCCUGGCCUUAGUAUGGUGAUUCCAGGUGCCCCCCCCCCAUUCUACCUUUCUUUCAGGCAAUUAUGCAACUUCUUGCUGCUGCUUUGUGAAGCCUUCAGCUUAUCAGUGAUGCUCCUGGUGGAGAGCCAUAAUUAAACAUCCCUAAAGGGAUUUCUUUCAGAUAUUCAAAACAUUCAGCCUAGGAUAGCAGCUCCCAUGGAGUUACACUGGGUUGUUUUCAUGCUUUCUGUCAAAAUGUGCUUUUUGAAAAAUAUAAAGCAGUUAUUUAGCUGUUUCGUACAGAGUCUGGUAGUAGCAACGACACUACAUUAUUCCAGAGAUGAUCACGGCAACUGUGUGAUCAUAUGAAAGACAAGCAGCUCCAUAGAUAAGGCUGCAUGUUUAUUUUAACAAAAAUUAAAAAAUAAAAAACCCAACCCCCAACAUGACAGAUCUGAUUAAAACAAAAGUGGUUACCUCCGGAGACUCACCCUGACUUUGUUUUCCCUUCAGGAAUAUGAUUGUCACCAUUACUGCCUUGUGACAAAUUGCAGUGUCGAUUUAUGAAACAGCAAGUUUCUGCUUCCUUCCUUAAUUCUAGGUACCUUUGUUCUAGUCACUAUUAUUAACUAAAUCAUUUGCUAAACUUAGCCAAGUCACUUUCCUUUACUGUAUGUCCUUGAGUAACUUCAGCAGUAAACUGUGAAUUGUAGUCCUUUUCAUUUCUCCUUAGAUCUAUGCAUGAAAAGAAUGAUAGGAAGAGCUGUGCUCUGUUCCACUUUCAAAUUUCAAUUUCAUAAAUGUCUGCCAGCUUUACUCCCUUAACAACCUUUCCUUGACAUUUUUUUGGUAGGUGAAUUGGGGGCAGAUUCCUCCUAAGAAAUUUCUGAGAUCUAGGAGCCAUCUUUUCUCAAAUGUUGUUUUGACUAAGAGAUGAGGAAAAAAUAUAUUUCUUCUGGCACCUGCACUUUUCCAUGGAAAGGCUAAUCUGGAAUGAAAUUCUGUUGGAUUCAUCAAUAUUCAUUGGAUAUUUACUUCUGCCAAAGGCAUUUGUUGGAUUUAUUGAUUUAAUAAAUGCUAUUAAUGACCAAGUGAAGCACGUAGGCUCCUGAGAAUCAUCCAUUUUUAUAUAGACACCUACUCAUGAAUGGGUCCAGAUAUUAGUCCCGUUCAAACAGUUAAUGGCUAAACAUCUUUUGUUUCUGUCUUUUAAAGAUCCUGCUUAUAUAGUGAGACUCUAGGUUUAUAAUCAGUCUCUCUCUCUCUCUCUCUCUCUCUCUCUCUCUCUCUCUCUUAUUAUACACCACCAUACCCAACAUUUCUCUGAUGAAAACAGGGAUGUCCUAUUCUGCUUCAUUGACUACACAAAAGCCUUUGACUGUGUCGACCACAGCGAACUACGGGCAAGUUCUUAAAGAAAUGGGAGUGCCUGAUCACCUCAUCUGUCUCCUGAGAAAUCUCUAUGCGGGACAAGAAGCUACAGUUAGAACUGGAUAUGGAACAACUGAUUGGUUCAAAAGUGGUAAAGGAGUAUGACAAGGCUGUAUAUUUUCUCCCUGCUUAUUUAACUUAUAUGCAGAAAUCAUCAUGCAAAAGGCUGGACUGAAUGAAUCCCAAGCUGGAAUUAAGAUUGCCGGAAGAAAUAUCAACAACCUCAGAUAUGCAGAUGACACAACCUUGAUGGCAGAAAGUGAGGAGGAUUUGAAGAACCCUUUAAUGAGGGUGAAAGAGGAGAGCGCAAAAUAUGGUCUGAAGCUCAACAUCAAAAAAAUGAAGAUCAUGGCCACUGGUCCCAUCGCCUCCUGGCAAAUAGAAGGGGAAGAAAUGGAGGCAGUGAGAGAUUUUACUUUCUUGGGUUCCAUGAUCACUGCAGAUGGUGACAGUAGUCAUGAAAUUAAAAGGCGCCUGCUUCUUGGGAGGAAAGCAAUGACAAACCUACACAGCAUCUUUAAAAACAGAGACAUCACCUUGCCGACAAAGGUCCAUAUAGUUAAAGCUAUGGUUUUCCUAGUAGUGAUGUAUGGAAGUGCGAGCCAGACCAUAAAGAAGGCUGAUCGCCGAAGAAUUGAUGCUUUUGAAUUAUGGUGCUGGAGGAGAAUCUUGAGAGUCCCUUGGAAGAAGAUCAAACCUACCCAUUCUGAAGGAAAUCAGCCCUGAGUGCUCACUGGAAGGACAGAUCGUGAAGCUGAGGCUCCAAUACUUUGGCCACCUCAUGAGAAGAGAAGAGUCCCUGGGAAAGACCCUGAUGUUGGGAAAGAUGGAGGGCGCAAGGAGAAGGGGACGACAGAGGACGAGAUGAUUGGACAGUGUUCUCGAAGCUACUAACAUGAGUUUGACCAAACUACGGGAGGCAGUGGAAGACAGAAGUGCCUGGCGUGCUCUGGUCCAUGGGGUCACGAAGAGUCGGACACGACUAAACAACAACAUUCCAUAAUAAUAAUAACAAUUUUAUUAUUUAUACCCCACCCAUCUGACUGGGCUGCCCCAGCCACUCUGGGCAGCUUCUGACAUAUAUAAAAACAUUAUGAAACAUUAAACAUUAAAUAAUUUUCCUAUAUAAGGCUGCCUUUAGAUGUCUUCUAAAGGUUGUAUAAUUACUUCUCUCCUUGGCUUGGGAGUUGCAUAACUCCAUACCCUCUAACAUUUCUCUGCUCAAACUAGGGACGUCCUAAGGAAAAAUGGGACAUUCUGGGAUCAAAUCAGAAACUGGGACAGCUUCUAUAAAUCCAGGACUGUCCUUGGAAAAUAGGGGCACUUGGAGGAUUGGUGUGUGUGCCAGUCCACUGCCUCACCCCAUGUACUAGAUCUGUGGCAAGUGACCCUUGAAAUGGUCCUUCAUUGUACAUAAUAAUAAGGCUUGGUUUUUACGAAAUAGCUGUAAUGGGAUCCUAGGAGCUGUCAAAACCAUAAUCAUUUAAUGCACAACUUGUUGCUUGUUACCAUCUGCGUAAACGCCUUUCGCUUCCAUGAGCCUCACUGCCCAUUUUCUCUCGAACAUCAGCUUCCGUGUUUAGUAGUGCCUUAUUGAAAGUCGGGGAAGCUGGCAGCUUCCUUAGAGCUCUCUGUGUACAGAAACUCAUAAAGAGAAUGAAUUAUGGAUAGUGACACCCUUGCAGAAUACAAAGAGAUCAGAAGAGGAAGGGAAAGAACAGGGCCGGAGAAGAUGGCAGCAGGAGGCAUGUAGACCCAGCCGCGAAGAAAGGAAAGGUGAUAAACGAUGCAUGGUUUUAAGGUCUGAGUGACAGCGCUAUGCUACGUUCAAGCAUAUCACAGGAAGAAAUGUAGUCUGCAGUUGAUUUUUGCAGGGGAGUAUCUUGACGUAAACAUUGCUGUGAACCUUGACGCCUAUCCUUUCCAUUGGUGAUAUUUGUUGAUUGUUUAAACCUUGCUUGACUUUGAAAAUGAAUAUAACGUGUUGUUGAAGUUUCUGGUGCGUUAUUCAGUUACUGGUAGCGCUCACCAUAACGAACGUUUUAUAAAGGCUGCAAUAUUCAAGUUCCAGUUGCAGCAGUGCAGAUGGCUUGUCUGAGGUCUUGUCCUGGUGCUUCAGAUAAGAAGCUGCUUCCCAUGCAGAAAUGCUUGAGCUUCAACCCGCCCCCUCCCCCCAGAGCCCAUUCUUAAUGCUAAUAGUUUCUUGGGUACGAUAAUGUGCACACUAAUGACCUACAGCAAAAGACUACGGCUUUAAAUGGCUGAACAAAAAUUUUAGCUUGGCUUUCAGACAGUGUGAUUUCGCCGGAGGGUAUUUUUCUAAUGAACAAGCCAAACAAAUUGCUAUUCAGACAGAGUAGCAAGAGGUCGCAAAAUGCGGUGCUCUUGCUUGAAAAUCUGAGAGGAGCUCUGGCAGUAACAGAAGCAGCAAAGGUGGCGGCAGAGGUGUUUGUGUGCGUGUCCUGUCACUGCCCAAUUGGGCACAGCUUAAAAUAUGGAAAUAAUCUGUUGAGUGACCCCAUGUGGACUUAUAGGCAGGCUGAUGUACAUAGGAGUGUAAAAUCAGUGUAGGAUGUGGCAAGAAUGCAGAAUUCAGCCACCAGAGUAUCUCAGCUAGCUCUCUCUCUCUCUCUCUCUCUCUCUAAAUCAUGCUUCUAUGUAGCUCUGAAGAUUUCCUCAAAAGGAACCUCAGGUGUUAGUGGCAAUAUGGUUUCUAGUGGUUUAGGUCCUUCAUAGUCACCCUGGGAAUUUAUUGGAAGCGUGGGUAUAAAUUCCGAAUAAUAAUCUCCCUAUAAUGGAUGCUUCAGCCUUCCUCCGAGUGGGCGGCUGUUGCAGAUACUGGCGCUCGCUUGCCAUCCCCAGGCAACUGGAACGGAAUGCACAUGACCAGCUGGCCACUGGGGGAAUUCCCCCUGGCUGCCUGGGUAGCUGGCCGAAGUUCCCCUGCCAGCUGUUGGAUUACAAAUUGGCCAGUGAGUGGCCUCUUCCAGGAGGUGUGCCUUACCAGCUGAAAGGGCAUUGGCUCCUCAUAUGCCCAGGCAGCCAGCAAGGUAUAAAUUCCUAAUGAUAAUCUCCCUUUAAUAUAUCUAUGCUAGUCCAUCAUUGCAUAGCUCCUUUUGGAGGAUUUCUAGCACCAUGUUGCAAUUCCGGAUUUGCAUAAAGUCAGAGUUCUGGCCCCAUCGGAAGGGAAAGGGUGUGAAGGUGAAAAUGGAGAACUGCAGUUUUAAAAGAGUAUAUAUUUAAAGCAGAUGGAUAAAUGAGUAAAUCAAGUUAAUUUGGAAUAUGCGGGGGGGGGGGGUUUAAAAAAAUUAAGGAACCACAGAAUAAGGGAGAAGGAAGUCGAGUUUUGAAAUGUUCAAAUGAUUGUAAAAUUACUGAAAUGUAUAAAACUGAAAAUCAUUAACAGUAGCAGCAGCAGCAACAACAACAACAAACCUUUUAGUCCUAAAAAGAAAAGAAGAGAGAGAGAGAGAGAGAGAGAGAGAGAGAGAGAGAGAAAGAAAGAAAGAAAGAAGUGCAAAGAGGGUUGCAAGAAGCAGGUCCUUUUUUCAGCCAGAACUCACUAGAAUGCCAUUCCAGCACCUCUCCAGUGGGUGCCAUUGCCAUUACAGUGGUACCUUGGGUUACAUACGCUUCAGGUUACAGACUCCGCUAACCCAGAAAUAGUACCUCAGGUUAAGAACUUUGCUUCAGGAUGAGAACAGAAAUCAUGCGGCGGCAGUGGGAGGCCCCAUUAGCUAAAAGUGGUGCUUCAGGUUAAGAACAGUUUCAGGUUAAGAACGGACCUUUGGAAUGAAUUAAGUACUUAACCUGAGGUACCACUGUAUAAGAGAACAAGGGAGGCAUUCAUGGUGAGUUAUGGCACCUUUUGUCCUAGGAAAAAAAUAGCCCAGGAGAAGGAAUGAGUAGAAGUCAUGAAAAGAGGUGAAGGAGAAAGUGGGCUUCAGAAGAGAAGGGGAUGGUGGCUUCAUAACUGGACGGAAUGUGAAAAGGGUGCCUAGUAGUUGCUGUGGGGAAGGGGGGAGGGAAGGAUGCAGGGAUUUGCCAUGAUGGUUGUCUGUAUGCAAGAGGUGCUGCAGAAUAGGAAGUGAGAGAAGAGGGCAUCAGCAUGGGGGUGAAGGUGAAAACGGGUGCAAAAUGGUUCUGCAGAACAGAACAGGGAAGCUGGGGUGAUUUCUUGAAACAGAAUGUCUUGUAGCUGGUGCAGUUGCAAGUUGGUGGCUGACUGAACAGGGGGGCAGAGCCCCACAAGUAAUAACAAUAUUAAUACUAGCACUAACAUCUUUCAUUGCAGCUGGUGAUGUGAUUUUCUCCAUUUCUAAGCUUUCUGGUCACUUUGAAGAGCUGCAAGUGAAGAGCAGUGGGGAAAAUUCGCAUGUGCCUUUCAGUUGACACGACCUACCUUUGUCUUUAGAUCUGCAGAGAAUUAAAAUAGAGCUUGAGCUAAGGUUCACUGUGUAAGGUUUAUACUUCCGUUGUUGUGUAUUUCCAAAAUGCUUCCAAGAUUUAUUUUAAAAUCAACAAUGAGGAGGGGAGGGCAGUUCCCUGUACAGAGCAAGUAAAUGAUGGAGAAUAAAUUAAAUUCCUCCUUAAAAUAGAGGUGCUGUGAUAGCUGCAAUGCACCUUGAGUGAAAAUCAAGAAGGGUGUUCUCCAGGGACAAAUGAAAACAAAUCUAGUUUCAGGCAAUAAAAAUAAACAAAGGGAAGUCCUAAACUCUUACCCAGGCACGCUAUGUGGUCUAACAUCAUCUUGUAAAUUGUGCAACGUAGGAAACUCGGCUAAAGCAUCCAUGAGAGAUGGUCAUCCAACCUCUGCUUAGAAAUCUCCAAGGAAGGGGAGUCAGCAGCCUUCCGAGGGAGAUCCAUCUUCCAUGUACAGUGGUACCUCGGGUUACAGACGCUUCAGGUUACAGACGCUACAGGUUACAGACUCCACUAACCCGGAAGUAGUGCCUCAGUUUAAGAACCUUGCUUCAGGAUGAGAACAGAAAUCGUGCGGCGGCAGCGGGAGGCCCCAUUAGUUAAAGUGGUACCUCAGGUUAAGAAGAGUUUCAGGUUAAGAACAGACCUCCAGAAUGAAUUAAGUUCUUAACCCGAGGUACCACUGUACAGUCAUACCUCCGUGAAUGUCCACCCCCUUGAUCGUCCAUUUUGGCGGACGUCCGCGGCAAACCCAAAAGUACCGGAACAUGUAGUAGUAGUAGUAGUAGUAGUAAUAAUAAUAAUAAUAAUAAUAAUAAUAAUAAUUUAUUAUUUAUACCCCGCCCAUCUGGCCGGGCUUCCCCAGCCACUCUGGGCGGUUUCCAAAAAAUAUUAAAAUACUGUAAUACAUCAAACAUUAAAAGGUUACUUCAGGGUUUGCCGCUUCGCGCAUUUGCAGAAGCGCAAAACCACUCCACAUGCAUGCGUAGAGCGAUGCUCUGUUGAGCGUCCGGGGCUCUGGAACAGAUCCCGGAUGCUCGACAAGGUACCACUGUAUUAUAAAAAGUAAACACUUAUUUGACCCCAGUUAUUUGACACAGAGGGGGAAACCUGCAGAUACAGUCCAAAAGGUGCACAGGGAGUUCUGUAUAUAUGGGAGAAUUCUAAAAAGCAAGUGGUCUUCACUGACCUGGUGCAAUAAGAUCUUGUCAUCCAGAGGAGCCCUGGCUGCCUAGAUAAAAUACUAUAGCCGCCCACGUGCUUUAUUUUAUUCAUUUAUUUAGUUUAAAAUUAUUUUUUUCUUCACUUCUCACAUCCCUCUGUGGCCCCCUAGCCUUGUGCUGUUGUUGUUGUUGUGCCCUCAAUCUUUCCCAACAUCAGGGUCUUUUCCAGGGACGCCUUGUGUUAUGACCCCCCCCCCCCAUUUAUGCAUUUUUCACCUGUGGCCCCCUUGGAAUAUUGGGAAACACUGCUUUACCUUUAUAGCAGUGUUUCCCAAUAAAGGUAAGGGUAAAGGUACCCCUAAAGCAAUGACAAACCUAGACAGGAUUUUAAAAAGCAGAGACAUCACCUUGCCAACAAAGGUCCGUAUAGUUAAAGCUAUGGUUUUCCCAGUGGUGAUGUAUGGCAGUGAGAGCUGGACCAUAAAGAAGGCUGAUCGCCAAAGAAUUGAUGCUCUUGAAUUAUGGUGCUGGAGGAGACUCUUGAGAGUGCCAUGGACCGGAAGAAGAUCAAACCUAUCCAUUCUGAAGGAAAUCAGCCCUGAGUGCUCACUGGAAGGACAGAUCCUGAAGCUGAGGCUCCAAUACUUUGGCCACCUCAUGAGAAGAGAAGGAUGAGGAGAUUUCACCCCUCCCAUAUCCAAGAAUCUUCUGAGGAGUCUGCUGAUUCUCCAGAGAGGAGGAGGCGUGUUCUGCUCUCUACUUAUUCUGCUCCAGCACAGAGUCAGUCAGUCAGUCAGUGUCGGAGAGAGAGAGAGAGAGAGACUGAGUGUUAGAGAUUGUGUGUAAAGAUAAGGUUGCUGCUAAGAGCAGCUGCAGACACUCAGUGCAGUGCAGCAUUCAUUUAUGCUUAGACCUAUUUAGCUCUGUAUAUAGUUGUAUAAUAGUUGUGGAUAGAAUAAAGAAGAUAUUCUACAGAGCUGCUCUCCGAGUUGUUUAUAUACUCUCCUGUACUCUGCUGUGCGACGACUGUCUUCUUGUUGGAGUGAAUCCGGUGCUCACAACUCUAAGCUGUGAGUCCACAGCACUUUGACCUGUUCCUGUGCAGAAGGUGGUCUCUGGAAGUGCUACCCAGCUCGCCUAGCCCAGUCGGGGCUGAAGUGGAUGAGUCCAGUUGGUGGCACUGGCUCAAGGGCGAUGCUGACAAAGACUCCCUGGAAAAGACCCUGAUGUUGGGAAAGAUUGAUGGCACAAGGAGAAGGGGACGACAGAGGACGAGAUGGUUGGACAGUGUUCUCGAAGCUACCAGCAUGAGUUUGACCAAACUGCGGGAGGCAGUGGAAGACAGGAGUGCCUGACUUGCUCUGGUCCAUGGGGUCAUGAAGAGUCGGACACAACUAAACGACUAAACAGCAACAUUCCAUAAUAAUAAUAACAACAACAACAAUUUUAUUAUUUAUAUAUUAUUUCUAUAUUUCAGCACAUAAAUGUUGAAUGCUUUACCAUUCCAAAACUUAGCCAACAAAUAUUUUGAAAACUGGUUUGUUUGUUUGUUUGUUUUAAAAAUCUGACAUUCUAUUAAAUUGCACUGAGAUUUCAACAAAGGCUUUAAAACCAAUGAAUGGGUUGUGUUUUGUGAUCCUGCCUAUACAUCAGCAUUUGUUUUUGUGGCGCAGUUUUGAUCCAUGGCUAAUUUCCAACAUGCUCAGGGAAAAUGCCAAUUAACUUGCUUAAUUGCUUCUAUUACACCAUAGACAUUUGAUUCAUUCAGCACUUUCUUCUUGGCCUCCAAUUUAUCAGCGCUGAUUUUCAGAGUUAGUACUAAUUUGUGGCUGUGCUUAUGAUGAACCAGAACCUCAAGUCUUCUCUGAAACAGUGCUGUUACACAGCUCAGAAGUUAACACCGCAAAACUAUAAGAACAUGCCUUAUCUGCUUGAGAUUCCAACAUCAGACUUGCUGAGGAAGAGCUACAGAAAAGCUAUUAUAAUCUGCUGCCCCCGUUAUUGCAAAAUAAAGUAAACAGAAGAAGACAAGUCAAUUGCUAUGGAGUAAAGGAACGUAACGAUAGCUGAUACAUCAAAGUGCAACUUUUAUGAAUGGACUGAGCUCCUGGUGGCAAUUGUACCUUGAAGCCUGAAUCUAGGCAGAAUAUUCAUUUGGAGUCCUUAUAAGGAAAGAUUUAGAAAUGAACCUGUACCCCGUUGCUAUGAUAAAAGACCUCAACCUCACUUUGCACUGUUUCAUUAUUCUUUUCAAAUACAAACACUCUGUUUCCACUGAAGUGAGAGGAUUUAUGAACCCAUAAACCUCUUGAUGAGAAGCAGAGAGAGAAGAUUGAUUUCUACCAGUAAUAGGCCUUACGGGUUACAUAACAAAACAACGAAAACAAAAACAAACCAAUAACCAAUAUUCUUUAUUAAAUAUCUAGCCCAUACUGCCUCAUAAAGGAACCCAGGGCAGCGAAAAACAAAGCAAAAGCAAUAACACAGCAAAAGACCCUUAAACACAUUAAGAACAUUUAAAAAUGUCUGAAAACAUUUAAAAACAAGGACAUACAUUCACAACUAAGAAUGUCAAGGUUGCCAGCAACAACCUUGGUGAACAGGAAUGUUUUGAAAAUCCUCCUAAAUGUUAAUAAUGAACCCACCUCACCAGUGAGGGUGUUCUGCUGCCAUGGAGAUGCUACUGAGAAGGCUCUGUCACAGGUCCUGCCAAGGGUUCAGCACCUAGUAGGCAGCACCCAUGUUAAUGGGAGACAAACAUGGAAAUGAACAGGAGGCUUUGAAUUAAAUUUCUUUGGCAACGUGAUUUAAUUCCACAUCUUUCAGAGCAUUUUUGGUUUUGUUCGUAAGCAUGAUUACUUAAUUGGAGACAGACCCCCCCCAUAUAAUGACUUGCAUACACAAACAGUGCUCGUUUCAGCGGCCUAGGACCCACGUACCUAUGGGACCGCCUCUCCUGGUAUGCCCUGCGGAGGACCUUAAGGUCCACAAAUGACAACACUUUGGAGGUCCCAAGUCGCAAGGUGGUUAGAUUGGUCUCAACUAGGACCAGGGCCUUUUCAGUACUGGCCCCAAGUGGUGGAACGCUGUCACAAGAGACUAGGGCCCUGCGGGACUUCACAUCUUUCCGCAGGGCCUGCAAGACAGAGCUGUUCCGCCUGGCCUUUGGUUUGGACUCAGUCUGACCCUUACGUUUCCCUCCCCUUAUGGUUUUGAUCUAUGGGCUGCUUUUAAAAUGAGGCUGCAUUUUAAUUUGCAUUUUAACCUGUAUUUUAAAUUGUCCCCCCCCCCGUAAUGUUUUUCCUGUAAUUUUACUGGUGUUAGCCGCCCUGAGCCUGGCUCUGGCCGGGGAGGGCGGGGUAUAAAUAAAAUUUAUUAUUAUUAUUAUUAUUAUUAUUAUUAUUAUUAUUAUUAACCUCCAAGGAAGGAGAGUCCAUCACUUUCUGAGGGAGUCCAUUCCACUGUCGUUUCGUUUUCUGAGAACAGCAGAUAUGAUGGCGUGAAUCGGAAAUCAGUAAUCUUCCUUAGAAGCAUGUGCUUGAAAGAUAAUGGCAACCUGUUUGAACAAGUAUCAAAAUCCAUAUAAUAUCCAAAGUGUUACACACCAAAAUUACACUGAUUGCAGACUUGCAUGAUCAAGUGCUCCAAAGCAAUGCUGAAAGGAUUAUAUUAGAUGAGAAGGGGAGAGACAGAGAGACAGAGAGAGCGCAGUGCAAAGGUUUUGAUAACCAUACAGAAUGGAAUGUGAAACACUUGCCUGAAGUGUCUGCUUAUUUUACUAUAAAUAACAGCAGCUUCAGCACAGUGCAGCAAAAUGCUUAGAGAAAACUGAAAGGAUAAGCAAGGGUGGCAGCCGGAAGGCAGGAAACAUAAUCUCCAGUUUGGAAAAGGUUCAAGGUCAUGCAUCUACCAGUUCACCAUCAUCACCCCACAUUUCAUUGGCAAAGUUUGUAUAGGGCAGGGGUAGUCAACCUUUUUAUACCUACCGCCCACUAAUGCAUCUUUCUUGAUGGUAAAAUUUCCUUACCACCCACCAGUGCUCAAUGGAAGGAGGAUUCAGUUUUUGAUGUAGAACCCCCUACCGCCCACCUAGAACCCUGAAAUGCCCACAAGUGGGCAGCAAGGACCAGGUUGACAACCCCUGAUCUAGUGAGUCUGUAAUUGAAUUGGCCUCUAUAGAGGUUUGACAAGAUGUAGACUCCAUUGAUGUCCAUAGUUUACAUAGGGUUACCUUCAAACCUUUAACUGUUAACCAGAGAUGAUGUCAGUGCAGAAGAGAUAAAGUUGUGCACCUGGGGCUUUCUGCCAGCUGGGUCAUUCAUGCAAGCUGAGAGAUAGACAAAUCCCAAGCAAGUCAGCUAGAAGCUGCUUCCGGGGGAAAUGCUCAGUGCCUUCUGCUUACAUUUGGGCUUCCAGUGGUGGCAGACAACUUUCUGAAUGGGUGGGGAUAUGUUUUGGGGGUGGCGGGAACACCUCUCAUUUCCCCAAGUAAACAUGCACUAGUGGCCUUAAGAUAAGCCACUAUUUCUCAACCUCACCUGAGGUGUAAAGGAAUGAUCAUACUGAUGAAGUAAUUUGUAGGAUUGUUGUAACUAAAAAUAUGCUUUAAUGUAUAUUUUUUUUUAUUAAAUUUGCGAUCCCUGAGCCAAGGAGAUAAGUAACUAUACAACCUUUAGAAGAGAUCUGAAGGCAGCCUUGUAUAGGGAAGUUUUUAAAUGUUUUAUUAUGUUUUUAUAAAUGUUGGAAGCUACCUCGUCAGACAGGCAGGAUAUGGUGGUGGUGGUGGUGGUGAUGAUGAUGGAAUAGGACGUCCCUAUUUUCAUCAGAGAAAUGUUGCCGGGUAUGUAACAAAAUAGUUGCAUGUGUCUUUCCCCCCACAAGGAUUUGAAGUGAGACAUGGCAUUUCUCUCAGGGCUGAGAUGAAGUGUGGGUCUGGGUAUGAGGGCAGAGCGGCAGCGGUGGUGGGGACUCUUCCAACUUUACUAUGAACCAGAUCUGAAACUAGAGCUUGGUGUAGAUUUUGCAAGAUUGGAUGGUAUGGUAUAGGUAGGCUGGGGUGGAUCUACACACGGGGGGGGGGGGGCGCUAUAAAUAAAUCAGAAAUUAGAUCGUUAUAACAAAAGAGAAAAAAAACCCUAUCUAAAACUGUGUAGAAAGGUUUUCUGCUCUACAGCACCAUCUGGUGUUGCAUGUUUAUAACCCAUUCAAAACACUGUUUGUUUUUAUUGAUGUAACUGAGUUCCUAGACUGUUUCUCAUUCUGUUUUUAUUGUGAACAGUUGUUGCACCCAUUAGCUACAGGUGGAAACAAACUUGAGAUUAUCCUACACUCUCUCAUGUAGCUAUACACCGGAGCUAUUCCCUCCCCACUAUUUACUUCUGGAUCAGCUCCCCCCCCCCCCCAUGCAAGAUUAAACCUUGUAGAAUGUACCUCUGUUCACCGCUACCAUUUGCAGAUUUCCCUGCUUUUAUUUAAUCACCAACCAAAUGAUCUUUGUAAAAGUUCACAGAAGCUCAGUCACUAAGAAGAUGUUCUGAGGCUUUAUUAUUCUACUGGUUAUUGAAGUUUUCCCAUUUCUUUUAUAUAUGCAUGUAGCGCCUGGGAACUAUUGCCAAUGGGUCUCCUUAGUAAAUAAAUUAUUGUGAUUAUUGACUUGCGAGUGAGAAAUGCUGGCUGAAUUUUUAUUGAUGGAAUAUUCAUGGUAGGUGGCAAUUUUAGCACAGUUUGUGACUGGAAUACAAAUCAGAGCAUUAGCAUCCCAUGCUCACUUCUGCCAGAAACCUCCUUCACAAACAAGCCUGGGUUUAAACGGCAGUUUGAUGCUUCUAGGCGGGUGGAGGAUGAUGGUUUUAUUAUGCUGUUUAAAGUAAUAUGUUCAUCAACUCCACCUCCCCACCAAAUCUCCCUAAACAACCGUUCUUCUAGAUUUCUUAUGCAGAUGGCAGCAAGAGAUGAUAAGACAUGUGGCCAUUGUGUGUGUGCAGGGGGGUAUUUUUCAAUUUGCUGUACAAAACAGAAUGUGCGCAUGCAGCAAACUGGUUCUGAGCAUUGACCUGUCACAAACUGAAAGUGCCAGUAUUUCUGUGAUGACUAUUAGGGAUUUUCUCAUGGAGAUUGUGGGCAUGCUAGCUAUUUGUAUCGGUUCAGUAUACCUGAAGGAGUGUCUUUACCCCCAUUGUUCUGCCCAGACACUGAGGUCCAGUGCUGAGGGCCUUCAGGCAGUUCCCUGCGAGAAGCCAAGUUACAGGGAACCAGGCAGAGGGCCUUCUCGGUAGUGGCACCUGCCCUGUGGAAUGCCCUCCCACCAGAUGUCAAAGAGAAAACCAACUACCAGACUUUUAGAAGACAUCUGAAGGCAGCCCUGUUUAGGGAAGCUUUUAAUUUUAAUAGGUCAUUGUAUUUUAGUGUUUUGUUGGAAGCCACCAAGAGUGGCUGGGGAAACCCAGCCAGAUGGGUGGGGUAUAAAUAAUAAAUUAGUAGUAGUAGCAGUAGUAGUAGUAGUAUUCACUGCAUACUGAUGUGCAUGAUGCCCUAUGUAUUUUUCAGGUCAUGCAUGGGGGAUGUAACAGUUGAUGGACUGAAUAAAUCCCGUCCCCUCAACAGUCUUAAGAAGUGGCUGAGAGUGCUUCAUCAUCCUGGAUAUUGACCAUAUUGGAGGUAGGGGUGGGCAUUAAAGUCCAAAGAAUCUGGAGGGGAAGACCACCUUACAGCUAUAACUCAAGUAUAGCUUAAAUUGCAGGAGGCCAACUUUUCAAGUCCGCAGAACCGGAUUAUCCUUGGCCAUGAUGCUCAGAAACAAGACACCAGUUCUGAUCUCCUUGGCCAGGCAUCUCCAGGCUCAUUGGCUUAAGAAUCCAGCAUCACUGCCAACCAUUCUAUUGUACUUCUUCAGCACUCCUCCCACUGUUGAAAUGGAGAGAGGAUGGUGAUGACGACGACAACGACAACAACAACAGCGUAUUAUUUAUAUGCCACCAAUAUGACUGGGUUGCCCCAGCCACUCUGCUUCUAACAAAUUAAAACAUCAAACAUGGGGUCAGGAUGCUGCCAGGGCUCCCAGCUGGUUGCCCAGGAAAGUACAAAGACAAGGGAAAGUUUCUUACCGUCCUUUUUUAUUUCAAACUUUACAGAGAGAGGUUAUAGAACCCAGCCUCUUGGAUAAUGGAGUUGUCCCGAGUGAAUCCCAACACCCCAUCACUCCCACGUCCUCAUUUGCCAUCCUCAUCACCUCCUCUAUGGGUGUUGCUAUGUGCCCUCUGUCUUUGAGCUCUUUGCUCACCCACUUUCAAGGCUCGCCGGGUUCUGGGAGAUGGAAGGUCUGGAAUGCUUUCUAAUGACAACGUGUCAGCCUGGUGUUGCUCUGGCUCUCCCACGAUUUCCCAACUUCCCCCCUCAUCUGCCUCUGAGCUGCCACUUCCCUCAAAUCCCUAUUGUAAAUCUAUACUGUCUUCCUUCUCCUCCUCCCUGGAAGGGUCAGGAUGGGGGAGGUGGUCUCCACCAUUCCUCCUCUGCCCAGUCCCUGACACACAGGAAAACAUCAAAUGUUAGAAAACUUCCCUUCAGACGACUUCUAAAAGUCGUAUAGUUAUUUAUUUGUUUGACAUCUGUGGAGAGGAUGUUCCACAGGGAUGACACAAUUACCGAGAAGGCCCUCUGCUUGGUUCCCUGUAACCUCACUUCUCUCAAUGAGGGAACUGCCAGAAUUUUAUUAUUUAUACCCCGCCCAUCUGGCUGAGUUGCCCCAACCACUCUGGGCAGCUUCCAAUAUAUAUAUAUAAACAUAAUAAAACAUGAAACAUUAAAAACUUCCCAAUUCAGGGCUGCCUUCAGACCCUCUGCCUGGUUCCCUGUAACUUCAGUUCUCUCAGUGAGGGAACCACCAGAAGGGCAUUGGAGCUGGGCCUCCCAUCCCCUCCAACAUUUCUCUGAUGAAAAUAGGGACACUGUAUUCCAUAAUUUUACUCUUUAUACCCCACACAUCUUACUGGGUUGCCCCAGCCACUCUGGGCAGCUUCAUACACACACACACACACACACACACGCACACACACACACACUUAAUAAAACAUUAAGCAGUAAAAAAAAACCUUCCCCUUACAGGAUUGCAUUCAGACAGCUGGGGUGUCAGAUAACUUCAUACCCUCCAACAUUUCUCCAAUGAAAAUAGGGACAUCCUAAGGAAAAGUGGGACAUUCAGGGAUCAAAUCAGAAACUGUGAUGGCUUCUCUGAAUCAAGGACAUCCCUGGAAAAUAGGGACACUUGGAGGGUCUGACCUCAAUGUCCAGGCUGAACAAUGGGGGUUGAGAUGAUCCUUUAGGUGUACAGGGCCAACACCAUUUAGGGCUUUAAAGGUCAGCACCAGCACUUUGAAUUGUGCUCAUUUAGCACCAGUGUUAUAUGGUCUCUGCGGCCGCUCCCAAUCACCAGGCUAGCUGCUGCAUUCUGGAUUAGAUGUAGUUUCCGAGUCACCUUCAAAGGUAGCCCCACCCAGAGUGCAUUGCAGUAGUCCAAGCAGGAGAUAACCAGAGCAUGCACCACUCAGGUGAGACAGUCUACAGACAAGUAGGGUCUCAGCCAGAGUACCAGAUGGAGAUGGCAGAUAGCUGCCCUGGACACAGCUGCAGAGCCGUCUUUCCCAUCAGGCUUAGUGGUGCGUUGCGCCAGAGUGCCGGCCUCUCAGGGGUGCCCCAGCAAGUGGGGGAGCUGCUUGGCUUUGCCAGUGGCCUCCCCUUUCCAUGCAGGCCCGCCAGCUGCGCCCCGCCAAGCAUAUGGCUGGUGGGUGUGCAGCUUGCCCCCCAAACCUCCGCAGGAGGAGAGUGAUCCCUGCAGAAGCUUAGGAUGGAAGCUGCGCCCUGCCAACUAUAUGGCUGGCAGGCACGUGGCUUCCCUCCCAAGCCUCUGCGGGGAUUGCUCUCCCACAAUGGCAUGGGGGAGAGUUGUGCCCACCCCCCAUGGCUGGCAGUGUGCAGCUUCUGUUAGAAUUCCUGCUUCGUGACUGCAGUCAUGGGAUUGUUGUCUUUGACGUGACGGUAUAUGUUUUGACUCCACAGAAUGGGAAGUGACAGAGACAGGAUGUUUGUGUUACUGUGUUCCGUGAAGUGGGACUGUUAUCCUUUGUUCUUUUUCGCUUUGCUGUCUGAUGCUAGAGAGAGAGAGGGAGCCAUGUUGCAGUGCUCCGUGUGUAUUUAUAUGUAAAUAAAAUAGAUUAGCCAAAAUGCUGAGUUCUGUCACGCGAACUGCGCAGACUCCACAGAUCCCUAAGUGUGCCGGUGUCGGUUGGCAUCGGUUUUUGUGAUAUUCGGGCUGAAGAAAGCUUUUGAAGCUCCCGAACAAUCGACCAGGAGGGAGAGAACAUGCCAGUUGGGCAUGUGUCUCUGCCAGGGUCCUACUCAAGUGUAGGCUGAGCUCCUGACAGCUUCGCCUCCCCAUCCAUGGUUAUUUGGGGGCGCUGGGCAGAUAUUUGCACCCCGGCACCGCAUCUGCCAAAGAUGGCCCUGCACAGCUGCCUUGGGUAGUCUGCAUCUGGAUGGGGUACCAUUUCUUGUUCCACCUUGGGCAUCAACGUGUCAUGGGCUGGCCCUGCUUCUCACUCAAUAUUGUUUUCAAUCUCUUUUUCAAAUAAAAGCCAUUGGGGUGUUGGGGGAAGAAUCUCCUUUGAAUGGUAAUCCAGUGGAACUGCGAUAAAGUUCAGAGAAUUACAAGUAUCUUUAGUUUUAUCGCUGAGGAUCAAAUAAGUUAUAUCUCUGGGUAUACAGAGAGAAAUGAGAGCUCAAUUUCAAACUCAAAAGAUAUUAAAUCAUAUUGAGAAGGAAAAAAAUAUAAUAAGAAAAGAUAAUUUAUUUGAGCAGAGACAUUCUUUUUCCUUCAAAUAUGCCCUAGUGUAAAAGCUCUUCUUUUGAAGUAAUUUAAAGUUAAAAUUAGCAGUGACACACACCUUUGUCUUUAAUCAGUGUUAAAACCUCAAAAAUAAAAAGACAGCCAGAUAGACAGGGGAAAUAAUUGUGUAACUGGAGAAAGACCCAUUAUCUGAAGUAAUAAUAUGGUAUUGGGAUUUGACAAAGUUUGCAUGACUUUAGGUAGCAAUGAUAUAAAAGUAUUGCUGCUUCGCAGUCUGCCUGAAUGAUGGACAUCUGGAGAGCUAAUGGGCUGGAGGUUUCCCCUCCCAUUCAAAAGGAGCAAGUAAAGGUAAAAGUAAAGGACCCCAGGAUGGUUAAGUCCAGUCAAAGGCGAGUAUGGAGUUGUGGCACUCAUCUCACUUUCAGGCUAAGGGAGCCGGCGUUUGUCCGCAGACAGCUUACCAGGUCAUGUGGCCAGCAUGACUAAACUGCUUCCGGUGCAACGGGACACCAUGAUGGAAAACAGAGCGCACGGAAACACUGUUUACCUUCCCCCCGCAGUGGUACCUAUUUAUCUACUUGCACUGCUGUGCUUUCGAACUGCUAGGUUGGCAGGAGCUGGGACAGAGCAAUGGGAUGCGGGUGGCCCUGUGGUCUAAACCACAGAGCCUCUUGGGCUUGCUGAUUAGAAGGUUGGUGGUUCGAAUCCCCCUGAUGGAGUGAACUCAAAAGGAACACAGUGAUCAAGGAAUCACAAAUGCCUCAGGGCGUAAUCCUGCACUCAUCACCCACCGGCUGAAGGACGGAAUCCCUCUCUCAGUGCCAGAAGAACACCAGAUACACUGCCACCAUAACAUGUACACAGGUGGAACUAAGCGGUGGCCAUUGUAGCGGAGAGCUCCUCUCUGACAGCAACAUCGCUGCCACUGUCAGGAGAGUAGUGGCAUGGCAGGGCUCUACCACACUGGCUGCUUCUGAGUGAAAUGCCUCAUACACACUAUCAGAAUGGCUGGAAAGGGGUGGACUUAUGUCUGGGGCUUGGGCCACACAAGGAAGGAAAACACUUACACUGUAACUCCUUCAAACAAUGGCCAUACCCUAGUCAGUGGAGCAAUUUCAUUGAAGCUUCAGAACUGAGAUUCGUUCAACCUUCAAAUUCAUUCAAGCUUUAGUUAAAGCAUUUCCCUCCUCUUGACUUCUGUUUGUGUCUGUCCUCCUUCCUUCUUGCCUCAGCCGUGUAAAAAGGUAAAGGGACCCCUGACCAUUAGGUCCAGUCGUGACCGACUCUGGGGUUGCGGCGCUCAUCUCGCUUUAUUGGCUGAGGGAGCCAGCGUACAGCUUCCGGGUCAUGUGGCCAGCAUGACUAAGCCGCUUCUGCCGAACCAGAGCAGCGCACGGAAACGCCGUUUACCUUCCCACCAGAGCGGUACCUAUUUAUCUACUUGCACUCUGACGUGCUUUCGAACUGCAAGGUUGGCAGGAGCAGGGACCGAGCAACAGGAGCUCACCCCGUCUCGGGGAUUCGAACCGCCAACCUUCUGAUCGGCAAGUCCUAGGCUCUGUGAGUUAACCCACAGCGCCACCCGCAUCCCUCCUCAGCUGUGCAUGACCCCUCAAAAAACUUUCCUAGUUUAGGAUAUACCCUGGGAUUCAAAUCAGGGACUUUCAGUCUAGCAUGUAAUAUAUAAGCCGCCCCUCCAGGCAAGUGCUCCUUGUGUGCAGUUCAUGUGCUUCUGGUGCCUAGGACUGGAUUUUUGCAGUUAGAAGAUGUUGCUUUGCUACAUUCACAGCAGUGUAGCCCUGGAGACCAAGGCAUCUCUCCAAGCCAGUCUUUAGCCAGCCUGCCCAAGAUGGAUCUCUCCUUAUUCUCCCCCCAAACCUAUAACAGCUCUUUUACCCUCACUAAUGAUAUCACCACCAGCCAGGGGAGGCCUGGUCCCUAUAGACCAGCUUCUAAGGAUAAUGGCUUAAUUUCCUGAAAUGGGAAAGUGUGCUUAUACUGAAUUGCUGUGUAUUUUUGGCAUGGGGUUUUUCCUUUGGUAGUAGCUCUCUCAUGUGAUUGGCUGACUGUGAGUCACAUGAGAAAGGCAUUCCAUUCUGUUGUGACUGUUAUUCAAGCAACUGUCGUUUUUAACUGCUUUCUGCUCAUGUGUGUGUGAGGGUGAGAGAGUGAGUGAGUGAGAGAGAGAAUGGCUACUGAGAGAGGUUUUUUUGGAUGCCGCUGAGGCAGUGUGUGUUGGUGUGGUCAGUCUGGGGUGAAGAAGAGGGAGGAAGUUCCCUAAAUGUUAAUAGGGAGAAACUUGUGCUCUCUGUUCCUUAUAGGUGAAUAAGCAUGAGAUUGUAGAUAUGCUCUUGUCAGUUAUGUGUUUAUGAAAGUAAAGCUGUUUUGAAUAUAAAGAGUCUGGACACUGUAUAGCAUCAAAAAUUAUUUUUAUAUAUGUACACAACAAUGGAAACAUCUCCAGCUAGUACCUUCUGUGUCAACUAGUCACUAGAACUCUUUAGACCUGCAAAGAGACAGUUAACAGACUUGGCUUGAGCUAUUAGUAAAGAGACUGUGUUGACCACUUUAGCAGUCUCUUUUCAUACAAAACCUGUCUCACAGAUAAAAAAACAGAGGCCACACCUGGGGAAAGCUGGCCUUUGGUCUAAUGUUCAUAGGCGCUGACCGACAAUCUGAAGACUGCAAAACCGAGGACCCUUGGAUUCUUCUGGUCAUCGCGAUUGGGCCUGACAGUAUUUUGAGGUAAGGCAGAGUCUCUUGUCCUAAUGUCCUCACCGCCAGGGCACCUAUUUAGAAGGGGUUUGAUCUUGCUGUCUGUAAAAACCCUCGUUGCUACAAUGUCGGCCAUGGACAAAAGCGUUUUCCUCCUAACAAUAAUAGAUGGUAUCUUUUCAGAGUGGAACGCAAGUAUCACCUUCAAGAAGUUGGUCUGCCGGGGAGGGGCAUUACAGCAUAUAGGUCAAUCUGAUAUUUCUUAAUUUUUAAAAGUUUGCUUAAGCAGUCUUUAGCUCCUUCUAGCGUUGACCAUCUUCCUAUUUCCGACCUGACAGAAAGGCAACUUUUCUUGGGUUGCAAAGUUAAUAUCUGAUUGUUCAAUUGGGAAUUUAAGACAUAUUUAGUUUUAGUCUCCAGUAUUUUAUCUGAAUGGGGGUGAGGCAAUAAGUUUUUGACCUCACAAACUGAGGAUUGUGUUGUUGAUUCAAGUUUUCCGAUUUUCAGCAGGAUAUUGGAUAAUUGUGAAGAUACCUCGUCCAGCCUUUUAAAAAUACAGUGAAGGGUCUUAAUUACUAAGUGUAACUGCUCACAACUGGGGAACUCCCCCAUAACAGAUGCCAAACCAUCUUCCUGCGAUGAGAGUUUUUCUUUCGUAUUCUCCUUUACAGGCUUUACAUUUGAAACAUUUUGAGUCAUCGGAAUCGGAGUAGCUUCUAAAUCAAUUAGAGGUUGGAAGCGAUUUUGGGUUUCCACUGCAAAGCAUUGCUCGGCAUGGUCACUCCCUCCUCCAUUCCGGUGUGGCACCAACCUUGAUAGUUUUGGUUUAGGGGAUGAUAGGGGCUCGUCAAAGUCUCUCAAGCGUUUUUUCUGACCCAUGCUUUCCUCAGGCCAGAGAUUAUACGAUUCUUAAAAUAACAUAACACUUAACACGCAAUUAAGAUAAUGGCGUUCUCAACUCCUUUAGCAGCUAAAGCCAGCCCGCUGAUAUGAGAGAAACAAAGAGCGGCUUGCAGCAGUCUGGAGCAGGGCCAAAUCUCUCAAAGAGUUUCCAAGGUAUGCGGCUGCAGCAAUUAUAAAAUACUUCAAAAACUGACUGAGUCAGUUGAGAUAAAAGUAUAAAAGAUUAAAAAAGAUUAAAAGAAGUCCGAAGAGCACCGGUAAGCGCGUCUUACCUCGGCGCCAUGUUGGCUCCUCCCCUGGCUUGAGCUAUUAGUAAAGAGACUGUGUUGACCACUUUAGCAGUCUCUUUUCAUACAAAACCUGUCUCACAGAUAAAAAAACAGAGGCCACACCUGGGGAAAGCUGGCCUUUGGUCUAAUGUUCAUAGGCGCUGACCGACAAUCUGAAGACUGCAAAACCGAGGACCCUUGGAUUCUUCUGGUUGGACUCUAUGUGCAUACAGUUGUUGGUUAAGAACGGACCUCUGGAAUGAAUUACGGUAACCAGAGGUACCACUGUAUUCAGAAGCAUACUGCCUCCCACCAUAGAGCAGAGUAUAGCCAUUGUAGCUAGUAGCCCCUGCUAGCUUAACUUCCAUAAAUAUGUGUUAUAUUCUUAUAAAGCCAUCACUUUAAGUUGGUGGUCAUCAUUUCCUUUUGUGGGAAUGGAUUCCAUAGUUUAACUAUGCACUCUGUGAUGAAGAAUUUUUUACACAAGGUGUUUGGCCCACACAAAUUCCAUUUACAAACUAUGUAGGCAAAAAUGCAAGUCUUUUAUUUUUUGUUUAACAAGAUGUCUGUACUGCUUAGUCUGUUCACUGAAGUCUCAUUUUGAUAUAAAAGAAUAUCUAUUAACCUCUCUUUGUAAUGCUCUAAUUAAGCCAAAGACCUUCAUAUUGAUUGCUGAUGGCAGAUGAGAAUGAUUCGCUCCGUGUAGAUUGAUUUAACUGGAUGGCGCUAUUUUGAAACGUUUAUUUAACUAACCACGGGCUCUGAAACCACUGGUUCAAAUAAUUAAAUCAAAUCCAACAUAACAAAGACGAUCUAGAGGGGGACUCAUAUAUUCCAUUUAUCCCAGUGGACGGAUGGCAAGCCGUUCUUCUGUACUGAUCCAAUUUCUGUUCCUGAGCUCUUAAAUACAUUUAACCUUUUCUUAUAAGCUCCUGGAUUCCAGAAUGAGCAUUCAGAACUCAGCAGCUGCCACAAUGGCUCCUCGCUAACCAGAAGCAGAAUGUUUAGACUUGAUCUUAUAGCUAAAACAAAAAUGUGGUUAAUUUGGAUUUACCCUUCACAGUUGACAGUCCAUUGUUGUCUGUUUUUUGCAUUCAGCUUCCCACUGUCAUGGAACAGGGGUUCAAAAUUGUUGGGUCUCAGUGCUUGGAGGAUGCUCAUCUACAAAUGCCUAAAAUGGACUCUUGUUCCAGGAUAAAUACUCAACCUUCUCCAACAUUUCAUGUAUUUUAACUUGCAAUAGCCUUGGACAAACUGUUGAGAACCUUCUGGGUAAAGCAGCUUAAUGAAUAAUGGACAAGUGGAACUCAUAACAGGACAGUUUAGUGUGAAAAAUUCAUGCUCAGGAUUCCAGACUGCCUUGAGCCUUGCUGGAAAUGUCAGGGACUGGGCAGAGGAGGAAUGAUAGAGACCACCUCCCCAUCCUGACCCUUCCAGGGAGGAGGAAGAGGAAGACAGUAUAGAUUUACAACAGGGGUUUAAGGGAGGUGGCAGCUCAGAGGCAGAUGAGGGGGAAAGUUGGGCAAUCAUGGGAGAGCCAGAGCAACACCUGGCUGACACGUUGUCAUUCGAAAGCAUUCCAGACCCUCCAUCUCCCAGAACCCGGUGAGCCUUGAAAGUAGGAGAGUAAAGAGCUCAAAGACAGAGGGCACAUAGCAGCACCCAUAGAAGUGACGGAUGAGCUACAAUGUGGAAAAGUGGAAAAGUUCCCUCAAGACAAGAGCGGGUCAAAAAAAAUGAUUGAUUAUGCUGAAUUAGAUAGCCUAUCCGAAAAAUUAAAUAGCAAACCAAGGAAAGAAUUCAUUUCAAAAUGGGAAGUAUUUAAAAUAUAUUUGAAAAUCAAUAAUACUGACUUAAAAUCCAUAGUGGCAUUUGAAUAAUUCCAGCAAUAUCAUUCACUAGUUAUAUGAUUUAGCAUAUUUUGAAGUGAUUUGAAGUAAUCUGUAAAAAUUGAAAGAAAAAAAGGACAGUAAGAAACUUUUCCUUGUCUUUAUAUUUUCCCGGGCAACCAGCCGGGAGCCACUGACAGCACCCUGACAGGAAAGAGCAUUGGAUAAGAUGGAUGCCACAACUGAAAAAAAGACAAACCUUUGCCUGAGGCAAAGGCAAGCUUCUUCAGUGGGAUGUGAGAAACCAGCAUGAUAGGAAAUGGUGACAAGGUUUGCUUCAUUUGGGCUUCCAUAGCUGGGAAGAAGGGAACAUGCUCUUGCCCCCCAGACCUCUCCCCCUCCUGCCCUCCCUCUAUGCAAUAGCUGAAGAGUGGGCUGUAAUAGACUUGGGUUCUUAGCUAUCUAGCUGCUUUAUUUCCAAAUUAAAAUAAAAUGUAGCUCUCUGGAACAAUCAGCACGCCAUCUCUUUCGGUCAAUGAGUCCUUAAGCUGUUAUUUUCCCUUUGGUUAAGCAGAUCAAAAGCUCCUUUGCUAAGUGGAAUUAAGUGAUAUACAAGCCUGCAAUAUUCAGUGCUUUUUAAAAUUGACAGGAUUACUCAGUUCCUUAAAUCAGAAGUGGGGGGGAAAAAUGAUAUCAAAGGCUGUGUUUCUGCGGCUGAACGUGUUCAAGGAUCACGUGGGGGCGGAUAGUGCUGGCAGUGGGUGAGGCCAAAGCUAGCCCUCCUCCCCCGCUCUCAAUUCAUAUAUAUUUGUAAAAUCUAGCCCCCUCUCUGUGCUUGAUAGGCCUUGCUGUACCUGCACAUUUUUCAUACCUAUUUGGUAAACUGCAAUAAAAAUUUAGCAAUUUAGCAACUUGUGUGUCUUUCUGUGGGAGUUCCCUGGGAAUUUUGUCCUUCCAUGUUGGUUUGUACCCUUGGCCAGCACAGGACAUUUAGCAAGUGAUAGGUGGCAGAAAACUGCUUUGAUUUCCUUAUUAGUGGAUUAGGUGAGAAAUUGUUGGAGAAGGGGAAAGGAAGGUAAGGAGGGAGGGGAAGGAGUCUUCCUCUUUGUCUUCCUCUGCCCCCCUCCCCAAUAAAUUCUUUGGGGUUGAAAUGUAAAAGAUACAAUGGAAAGAGCAGACAUUAUUUGUGAGCCUAUCUCCACCUGAAUAAUAAAAUAAUAUUCAGAAUAUAUUGUCUUUACGAGUUUUUAAUGCCAUUUUAGCAUGAUUUUAUGAUGCUUGCAUUGGCUUUGUGUGCAUAGUUGCAUUGCUUUUAUUGUUUUGAUUUCUUUGUUUAUAUUUGAUUUAAAAAAUAAAACCACACAGCUGUGUACCACCCAGAUGGCAUGGUUAAUGGGUGGACUAUGAAUGUCAAGUAAACAAUGUUGUUGUUGAUGAUGAUGAAAUAAAUGCAUCUCCCUGUUAUUAUCAAAGAGAUCUCCCCUUCCCAUCUUUGAACUUCUCUCUCUCUCUCUCUCUCUCUCUCUCUCCUUCCAAGUCUGAGAGAAAAGUCAGUAAAGGUCACACAUAUAAAAAUGUGACAUUUAUAAAAUCAGACAAGUUGAAAAGGGAUUUGCCAUUUAAGCAAAGCCCAAUUAGUAUUGCCCCCUAGUCUGUGAGAGUUUAUGGGCCUCAUCGGAGCAGACAGAAAAUAACUGAGCUUCCCUUUGACAGAAAACUUAACUGUUAUGCGCUCAGAGCUUUUAACAAAUGGGGCGCCCACAGCCUAGCGUGCCGUUGCUUCUAUAUGCAACCUGUGGCCAUGUAGCAGUUCCAUUGUGCAUGCACAACUCCACAGAACUUCCUUUUUCUGCUCUGGAGGCAAAGGAAGUCUUCUGAUUUGAAUGAGAACUAAACAACACAAUACCAAGUACUGUAACCCUACAGUCAAGGUAUAUUUUAUGUUCACAUUCGCUCUUUGUACUAUGUCCUUCGGAAAGGAAAUAAAGAAAAGUUUGUUUUUAAAAAGUAUUCUGCCUCAUGGAUGAAAAGCAAAAAUCCCUAUUUGCCUCAAGCUGUGUUCAGUAUGUUUAAGAGAGGCACUGGAAUAACUUUAUUUCCAUUGACCUUUCUCCAGGCUGUGCACAUGGUCAGGUGUGUGUUUUAGUGGUUGAGAGUGCUGGGCCAGGACAGAGGGGAAGCCCAGUUUUAAAUCCCCACUCAGCCAAGAGACUUAACAGGUGCAUUUGAGCCAGACAGUUGGGUUUUUUUUAGACUAACCUACCUCACAGGGUUGUUGUAGAGAUGAAUUUUUUUGGCAGGGGGUGGGUGGAGCGUGAUGUGUGCCACAAUGUUUCCUCGUUGGGGGGAAAGUGGGGCGUCAGUGAAGCAAAUAAGUGGAAGAAUAAGUGGAAGAAUAUAUAUUUUUUUUUUCCAGCUGGAAGAAAAGGGUAGCAGUUUUUGGAAACCUGCCUUUUCCCAAACGCAACAUUUUCCCUCCCUCCAGAGAGAACAGACAAAAGGCGGCUUGCGAGCCUCUUUGAAAUCAAAGGCAGGGAUAAGUCUGUGAUUCAGCUCGGUGUUUGGGGAAAUGGGGAAAGGCGCAUGGCUGACAUUGGCAGCUGUCAUAUUGUUUGGAGAUUGGGAAGAACUGUGGCAUAUUUUCAGAAAUGGCAGUGGCUAAAGCCACAAGCUGCUUGCAAAGAAGAGCUCUGGGGAGCCAGUCUCCGCAGCACACAAGCGCUCCAGACAUUACUGCACUUUCUGCUGAUUAGCUUGCCCUUGCUUGUUCUCUUACACGAAUGCUGUGCCGGCACAUUAUCCCAUUUGACAGUUCAGAGGAAGGCUGGGGGUCUGCGGCUGGGGAAGAUUUAUGCUUCUGGUAGCAUCUAGGAACAGAGCACUUCAUUAAAUAUUUACCAAAUUGUCUGCUUCUGCACCUCGGUUUAAAAUCCAAGGUGCUGCCUUGACAUUGGGAUGUUCUCUCGUGGAAGGUUGUUUUUCCUUUUCAGUUGUUCCCCAUGGGGUCCUCCUCACACCACGGUUUAGCAAGCAUAAAAUGACUCUUGCAGCUUUCUCCCAUGUCUGCAGGUGCACUCAGAACAUCUUAGUAGGAAGGUGUCAAACACUGAUGGCGGGACAGCUCAGUUGGUAGAGCAUGUGCCUCAUAAUCUCAGGGUCAUUGGGGCAAAAGAUUCCUGCAUCGCAGGGGGUUGGACUAGAUGGCCCUUGUGGCCCCUUCCAACUCUUCAGAUUCUAUAAUUAUUCUUGCCCAGAAGAACUAAGCUGGAUGUGAUGGUGGUGGAGGAGGGUCUGUCCUGAUGACAUAGAAAGUGAGUGGUGGAGCCUCUUUCUGCUUUUGCACAAAAUGGACUGUUUGAGAGAAAGGGUGUAAAGCUAGCUCGUCUCUUCCACUUUCCCUAGCAGUGCUUUAUUGUUUCAAGCUAUGGCCUCCCUCAUUCCCAGUAUUAGAAAUGGGUUGGGUAAACCUUGUUUGAAGCAAUAAAGAGUAAAGAAAGGAGAUGCAGUCUCUCCUCUUCCCUGCUCAUUCUAUUACAGCCAAACCUUGGUUCCUGAACGCCUCCGUUUUGGAAUGUUUCAGCUCCUGAACACCGAAAACCCGGAAGUGACUGCUCCGGUUUUUGAACAAUUUUCGGAAGCCGAACGGUCUUCUGGAACAUAUUAAGUUUGAAAACCGAGGUUCCACUGUACAUGUAAAAACUAGACCCCUGCCCUACAUUUUAUGGUUUUUAAAUGGUGAAGGUGUGUAAAUAUGUAAGCAUGGCUGCCUUGUUGCAUUUUGUUUGGCGCAGACUCCACAUGAAUUAACAACCUUCAUAUUAUACUUAAUACCUAUGACAGUCAUUUGAUAAACAAAGAGAAUCUUCUUCUUCUUCCAAUUAAUGUAUGAUAGUUGGACUGUUUCUCUGGGUGCCUGACACUGCCCACUGUUGGCAAUGCUCUUGUGUCUUCAUUUUUCCGCAGUUAGGAGAAGGAAUCAGUGGACAGUUGCCCCAUCUGCUGAACCACUGAACUGCCUUCUCAGUGAAGUUUUCUCAGUCAGCCCCGGACUGACUCUGCCUACCCAAGUUAGCCAUUGGCUCCUCCUAGUUAGGUAGAGGUGUACCUGGACUUCAUGUUCCAAUGGAGCCUUGCUUGAGCAAAAACAUCUUCCUUUUUACUGUUGAGUUCUGUAUUCUUAGUUGUCUUUGGUCCACAGACUCCUGGCUAGCUCCUCAAACACGCCUCCUGCUUUGGUCUUUCAUCCGGACUGCAAGAAUGCUUCUCAGCCCCUGGCUCACAUCAGACUCUUGCCAAUGGCUGAGCCAUUGGAAGAUACCUCCAGCUUAUGUAUCAAGGGUGGUAUUCAUCUGCUAUCAUAAUCGUCAUGUGCCUCUUCCAUGAAAGGUCUGGAGGGUGGCAACAUGAGAAUGGGCCUUUUCUGUGGUGGCUCCCUGCCUGUGGAAUGCUCUCCCCAGAGAGGCUCACUUGGCCCCUUCAUUACAUAUCUUAGGCGCCAAGCAAAAAACAUUCUUCUUCUCCCAGGCCUUUGGCUAAUUAAACAAUCUAUGAUCUUUUAAGCUGUGGGAGGGAUGGUUAUUGUUUGUUACUAUGGCAUAUAUUUUUGUGUCUCUAUAUUGUAAACCCCCCUGUGAUCCUUAAGUGAAGAGAAGUAUAGAAAUAAUAAUUCAACUAAGUUUUACUUAGAGUAAGGUAAAGGGACCCCUGACCAUUAGGUCCAGUCGUGGCCGACUCUGGGUUUGCGGCGCUCAUCUCGCUUUACUGGCUGAGGGAACCGGCGUUGUCCGCAGACAGCUUCCGGGUCAUGUGGCCAACAUGACUAAGCCGCUUCUGGCGAACAGACCUAUGCAAAUCAUGAAAGAGGGUAUCAUUAGGGCCAUUAAUUUCAAUGAGUCUUCUUUGAGUAAAACUCAGUUGAAUACCACCCCCUGUACUUACACUUGAGCCAUGAUCUUGCAAAAAUGCUCGAUAGACUUGCUUUUGACACCUGCCCACUUCACAGUUUGCAACUAUUAAAGGUAGAAGGUAGAAUAUUUUGCGUACCCCCCACAUCCGCUCUGACAGUUUCCAGCUGAAUGGAACAAGUCUGUUUUUGCAUCAUUAAUGGACGUGUUUGGAAGGAAGAAGAGUCCCAUGGUCCCAUGUUGUCCCUCACUUAAGGCGAGGCAACUUAAGUGUGACAGAUUGUUUGAUGGGCGAUGCACAUUGAUCACGAGGCGGUGCGCCCUAGCAGCAAAAUGACAGCAUGUGCAAAUUCAUUACUGGGAACCUUGCCAAAAUGUCAUUAGAAAUGUUGGUCCAGGAAAUUAAAGUUGAUAUACUGUGAUGAUGGGUGCAAAAAUGAGCCAAAGUGUGGAAAACAAGCAUUUAGGUUGCAAUAUCUGAAGAGCCCCCAGCCUAGUUAUCCUGGAGGGUUAUUGAUUAUUAAGUGUGAAGAAUUGACAUACCUAAAUUGUGUCUGACGGUGGACUGUUUCAUCUUAUAGAUGUGUGCAUAGAUUUGGCACCUGGGGACCAAAGAUAGGCAAACCAUUUGCAAGAAGGGCCUCAUUUUCUCAGAUGUGAAGAUAUCGCAACACGCGCAAACACUAAGAGAAGUUUCACAGCUUAGUUGACGGGAGAGAAAAUAGCAGAGCAAAGAAAACCUUCUCAGACCCGGAACUUGAAAUCACUUGAAAUCAUGGGAUGAACAGAAGUGUGGAAGGGCUCUUAGUUUAUCUCCAUACUAUCCUGGUUUGCAGCAGUUCAGGUUUUCCGUUAUUUUUGCUCUUGCUCCACUUCAGUUUGCUGUGGCUUCAGGUUGUUUUCAUUUCAUAUCGUAUCGUAUUAAGGAGAAAUAGGAAUGCCUGUUCCGGUACAAUUGCCUGCAAUUACCCCCCUGCCCUUAGGGUUAUUGCUUUGAAUGCUUGUCUUGGUUAAUGGAAGGGGGUGGGAAUCUUCAAAUUUGAAGACUACGAAUAAUUAUGCUGCCCACAGAAGCCCUUCUGAAUAAAAUGGAUGUGGCAGAAUUUGGCUGAUUUCAUCUAGAACAUUAAUGUAGUCUCAACUUUUCCUCUUUCUUUCAUUUUUUUUUUUAGCAAAUCAGGUUAGCAAUGUUGACUGCACUCCUGCUGCACUUCUUACAUCAUAUAAAUCAAUUGAAUUUACUUGUGAGUAGGCAUGCACAGCCUUGCACUGUUAUAAAUCUUUUUUUAUGAAUGCUUGUUACUUAGUGUCACCAAAGUCAUAUUUACACUUUUGGGAAUUAUUUGACCCCCUGUCCCAGGUUAUGAGCAGGGGGCAAUGACAGAAGGGGUGUGUGUUUGUGUGUGUGUAAAGUUCAAGUAGAAGCACUGUGUUCUUCCCCUUCUACAGUGGUACCUCGGGUUAAGUACUUAAUUUGUUCCGGAGGUCCAUACUUAACCUGAAACUGUUCUUAACCUGAAGCACCACUUUAGCUAAUGGGGCCUCCUGCUGCCGCUGUGCCGCCAGAGCAUGAUUUCUGUUCUCAACCUGAAGCAAAGUUCUUAACCUGAAGCACUAUUUCUGGGUUAGCGGAGUCUGUAACCUGAAGCGUAUUUAACCUGAAGCGUAUGUAACCUGAGGUACCACUGUAGAAGUAAACUAGUGCUUAUAAUGCUUGAUCCAUCUGCACAGUAAGGAACUGUUCAGAGAUAUACAAAGAUACACAAAGCAGGAAAGUUAGAUGCUUUUCAGACUGAUAUGAAAGUAGCCUAGCCCUUGUGGAAAUAACCACCAAGUACAACAGAGUCUUUCAAAAUCAUCAACAGGAGAAAGAGGUUUGUGAAAGAGCAAUUGAUUAACUACUCAAACAUUUUUGGAGUCAUCUCUUCUCCCUGCUGCCCCAAAGCCCUAAUUUAUUGAUUUUCCAUGUUAUUCUUGACUUUCUAUAUUCUCUGUCAGCCAUUCCUUAAAACCAGUCAUAGCUUCCUUCUAUGGUGUGCCUUUCUUUUUAAAAGUUAUGUCAGCCUUACUCAACCUGCCCCUCCUCCCAUAUUUUGGACUACAACUGCCAUCGGUCUAGUCAGCAUGACCAGUGGUGAGAGAUGCUGGGAAUUGUAGUCAAAAUAUCCAGAGGGCACCAGGCUGGGAAGGCUAUGCUAUAUAAUUUCAUGUAGACAAGCAAGCUUUCUCAACAAAAAAGUGAGAGAUUUUUUAAAAAAAUUUGCUUUGUAAGGUCCUGUGCCACAAUCCACCAGAAAGUUUUUCCGAACAAGCCCCAUUGAAAUGAUUGGUAGUUGUGUAAGAACAUGGUGUUAUUAUUCAGUGGAGACUGCUCUGAAUAACUUACCGUUUGCUUCUAAAUGUGGAACAGCCUUGGCCAAGCCACAUUGUCUCAUAGUUGAGGAUUUCAAUCUUUUCAAAUUCCUAGAUGAAACAACCUGAUAGUGGACCAAUCUGUAGACUGGAACUUAGCUAUUCCCCUGGUUUCGCACAUCUCUCAAUGUUCUUGGCAGUAUAAACAUAUCAAAGCAUGCAUUUAAACAUUGCUUUUGAGAGAAAUAUAAUACAUUUUGAGAGGUGUGGUGUUUUUUGUUUUUUUUUAAAUACGCCUAUUAAUGUGGAGAAAGAAUGAGCAAAAAUAUGUGAAGCUGUAAAGGAUCACCGAAAGACAGAUUUCCCUCAAUUAACCUUGUGCUCAGUGUGGGCAUAGGCAUAUGUUGCAGGCAAUCACAAUACAGAUAGUAAAGGAACAUGUAAAUCGAAAGUAUUUUAUAAAGGAUAAAUAGAAGAAGCACCACUUUCACUUUAUUCAUUGAACGCAUUGAUGUCAUUUGGAAGAACCUGGUUUUUCAAGAUUGGUGAUGGUUCAUUACCAAUGGUUGUUCAUUGUUCAUUGGUUCAUUGUUUUUUCCUCCAUCCCUCCCACCCUCACCUCAGUCCUCUGCUACUUCAUAUUAAAUUGGUAAAUUUAUUGGCUCUGGUGAAGGACUGCUGUUCCAGUAACUCUGAAUAACAGACUGAUUCCCUUCCCUCAACCACCUCUUCUCCCUUCUCCCCCUAGACAAAUGUGCCCUGCAUUGGGAAGAGGAAGGCUAUGGCCAGUGCUCACCAUGAAGUUGUUACAGUAAGUGUCACACUUUUCAACACCAACCACAACAAAAGAGGUGCCUGUACUGCGUAUCCUUGAGUACCCCCUGAAAAAAAAGAGAACUGGUUAUGAUGAGCCUAUCAGAAGCAAUGCUGCACUGCAGUCUCUGAAGAUGCUUCGGCACUUUGGAUUCUGCAUCCAAGCUCCCCAAAACAACUGUGCACGGAGUUAGAGCCAGGAGAUUUAUACUUCAAGACAAAACGCGAAACAAAAACUCAGCAUCAGCAAACUGUUGUGAGCCAGGCAGCAGCCAUACCCCCACAGGGGUCUCUUGAAGAGAAACAGUAUUCCAUCUAAGCUACUGCAGAGCAAAGGCGAAAGGAAGCAAAUAGUUCGUUGAAGUUCUGGUGUCCAGCAGGGAUUGCGAUGUGAGCUGUACGCUGACAAAAGUUGAAAGGCUUUAUUUUAUUUUAAUCAUACCAAUGGGCGAUGUUCAACAGUAUCAUUUUAUUUUAUUUUACUACCAGUUCAAGAGAUACUAUAGUCAACAUUUUUUACAAAAUCUUACUAGUUUAUUAACUGAAACCAUUUUGAAGUCCAUCUUCUGAGUAUGUGCUGAAUAUACUCUGAAUGGUGAAUAAUCAUUUCUGCACCAUGGAGCUCUAAAUUCUGUGGAAAUGGUACUGCAGGGAUCACCAGACCACUUGCCUGUGCAUGAGUGCGCACACUUUGUUUUUCAAUUAAAUUGGGUCCUCCUGAAUUUGCACGAUUUUACAGAGUCCUUCCAUACCCACCCCACCCUCAAACACCACGAAAUUAAUGCUUGCUUUGGAAGACCGCACAAUUCAAAUUUUAAAUCUGGUGCUUGCCAGCUCCACAAAAAUAUUGAUCUAAGACAUGGAUCAUCAUGGAACUUCAUGAUUUUUACACAGAAUGACAACAAAACCAUCAACAAAUCACAGAACGCACCUGAUGUUUCGAAGGCAUCCCUUGUGAAAAUUAUGAGGAUCCAUAAGGAUCUGUGCCUCAGAUCUACGUUUUUGUAUCACAUCACCACUGGAAAGUGCCAGAUCAAUUAUUUUUUUACAGUUCAGUCAAUGGAGAUAUAUGUUAUGUGUAUUUUGAUUGGGGGCAGGGGGAAACCUGUGAAAAAAUACACAAUUUCAAGAAGUACCAUUUUACUGGAACAAUGUGCAUGCACUUAUCUCUCUUUCUCUUUCUUGCACAUCAUUCUCCACCUCUCCCCUGACACCCACAGCUGCCCUUUGUCCACUGUCUUGUUCUCUCUCCCUGCCCCCCAGUCUCCCAGAUCACUCCUUUAAACUUCCAGUCUUCUCAGUUGCUCUAUUCAGCUACUCAGGUGCUUAUCAGAGCUUUGAAAAGCAUACAGGGCUGCAUACAGAGAAGGCACCAUUUUUCCAACUUCCUCAUUCAGCUCCCCUUUUCAAGAGAAGAAGAAGAAGAAGGGUUUGGAUUUGAUAUCCCGCUUUAUCUCAAAGCAGCUAACAUUCUCCUUUCCCUUCCUCCCCCACAACAAACACUCUGUGAGGUGAGUGGGGCUGAGAGACUUUAAAGAAGUGUGACUAGCCCAAGGUCACCCAGCAGCUGCAUGUGGAGGAGCAGAGACGCAAAUCUGGUUCACCAGAUUACGAGUCUACUGCUCUUAACCACCCUCACUACUUCAUGACAACGUAGACAGUAAAUGAAAAGCUCCAGAGGCUUUUCAGGUGAAGUACUCAAGGACAUUACAGCAACCACAGGCACCACCUUGACAAUCCCAUAUGUGAUGUUUGCUUGGUUUGGUUUUUCUUUUCUAGUUUUAAUGCCUGGCUUUUGCUGAAAUAGAACAAUUGCGCCAUGAUAGAUAUAGCAAGGAAGUUGUCCUGUCUUCUCCUGGAUUGGAGUCCCAGUGGAGCCCAACGUGAAGCCAGGAUACUCAUUGGAGGUGUACCAUCUCAAAGAGCAGGGAGAGGACAAGGCAUGUCCAGUAGUGUAGUUGAAUCUAGUGGUAACAUCAAACCCAUUCAUUCGUUCUAGGUAGCUGCUGUCCUAUGCAGGGCAGGGCAAAAGAUAGCUUGUUCAGGACCCUGGAGAGCUCCCUAGGGCUAGUGUUGCCUUAGCAGCAUGCUGGAGCCUUUUUAUAGCUGGCUGGUCAUAUACUUGGGGGUCCACCCCCUGCAAGGAGCUGUCUGUUCAUUUACAAGGUCUGUUCUGCUCUGCAGCACUGGCUCCUAAGCAAGGAGGUAAUGAUGGGUGCAUUGGAGGGGUAUCCUCUGAACCAGAGGGGUGUAACUAGACCACAUUUUUUGGCUUGGAUGGUUUGAGAGAGGGGAGGGUUGAUGACUCCACAGGUGAUGCCUCCUCUAACUCUGAGGAUGCCUUUGAGCCUGAUGGAGGAUCAUGACCAGAAAACAUUCCAGAAGUGAGUAAUGGUGACAGUCCAGUGGCAAUGGCAACAAGGCCUAAGAUAGAUGAAAAGGGGCAGGGAGCUGUGCAGGGCGACCUUGAUUACUCCUAUUUCUUACUCCAGUGCAUUCUUAAUUUUCUGUGUUCUCAGCAGGCACAUUCCAGCAAACUACCAAAGUACACCGAUGCCAGAAACUAAAAGGAAGAGUCAUGAUUUUUCACCAGAAUCUAUACUGCAUAGCGUAAAAACAGAGGACAUUCAGUCACAAGUGGAUUUUAACCCAUUUAAUUAAAUGGGUAAAAACAGAAGCCAGAUUCACGUGUCCUUCAUUUCCUUGCUAUUCUCAGCAUGUAGCCUUAACCCAAGCUAUCUACAAUUUGGAUUUGUUUAUUUGCCACAGGACUCUCUGGCUUCUAUUGGAGCUAGCCAUCUUUAACCUUGUCUUUAUUUUAAGGUACCCCUGCCCGUACGGGCCAGUCGUGUCCGACUCUAGGGUUGUGCGCCCAUCUCACUUAAGAGGCUGGAGGCCAGCGCUGUCCAGAGACACUUCCGGGUCACGUGGCCAGCGUGACAAAGCUGCUCUGGCGAGCCAGCACCAGCGCAGCACACGGAAACGCCGUUUACCUUCCUGCUAUAAAGCGGUACCUAUUUAUCUACUUGCACUUAAGGGUGCUUUCGAACUGCUAGGUGGGCAGGAGCUGGGACCGAAGACGGGAGCUCACCCCGCCGCGGGGAUUCGAACCGCCAACCAUGCGAUCGGCAAGCCCUAGACACUGAGGUUUUACCCACAGCGCCACCCGCCUCCUAACUGCCAUCUGUAUCCGUGAGCUAUGUAGGUGCAGAAAUGGCGAGGCUCUGUUGAACUAGGACUCAAGCAAGGGUAGCCAAGUGGUGCCCUCUGGAUGUUGUUGAACUACGACUCGCAUCACCCCAACUGUUGGCCAGGCUGACAAGGACUGAUGGGACUUGGGAGUCCAACAACAUCAGGAGGAUACCAUGCAUUGGUGGACUCCAGUAUUUUGUGCUUUGUCAAACUAUAUAAGGGGCUGGUUGGUUCUUGAGGCAUGGUGGCUGGGCACUGAUGAGUGGGUACCAGGAGAAGUGGGGUUGGAGACUGACUUGGAAGAAGGGAACAGUGAACUAGGGGAACCUAUAACAGCCAAGAGAUGAGAGUCAGAGGCUGGAGAACCUGCAGGAUUGGACGGUGUCAGGCUUGGGAAAUUCUCUCCUUCCCCCGUAGCAUCGAGGAUCAAGGAAGAAACAAGAAAGUUUAUAUUUAUGGCUUUAUUCAGUUCCUGUGUUGCAAGACAAAGAAUCCAUUCCUAACUCCAUAGCGACGUUGCUCAAUCUGAGCUCCUCCCCUCCUUUCCCCAGCAAUUGCCCUAGAUUCUAUGGGGGGCCUCGGGAAUCAGUUGUCAUUGAGCCCUUUGCUCUUGAAUUCUGAUUGAGCGACGAGUAUGAGGGGAUGGUGGUGCUUCUAUGCUUUCUUUCCUUCCCAAGGACGUCUCUGCUGGCAGUUCUCCCCCUUCUUCUCCUAACAGCUCAUAACUUGGCAGCUCUGCUUUCUGCUGUAAUUCAAUCCUGUUUCUCUCUUCUCCUGAAACUACUGGGGAAGGGGGGGCAAAUUCCCCCCACCCCCUCCUCCUCUGAGGGAAGCAGAGGAGAGGGAUGGGGCGUUCCCCAGCCCUGACAGAGGGUGAAUAAUAGGUGGAGGAGAAAGGAGAGAGAGGUCUGGCUGGUGUAGAGUCAUGGGUUUCCACCACUCCUCCUCCUGUCCUCUCCUCUCCCGGGACCAGGCAAGGAUUGAAGUGGAAGGAGCAGGAGCAGGUCACGCACAGACAAAGUCUUAGACUGCUUGCACGCAGCUUGGCUUGGGAAAUUAUACAAGCUGAGGUCAGAGCUUUGUUGCGGCAACCGCCUCCUCUUGUGCACACCUAGGAGAGUAGCUAAGAGACUUUGGUCUUGUGGACAGGCCUUUCUCUAACUUUUAGGUGUACUUUGGCAAUAAAAAAUCAAUUCCUCACUCUGGACAUUCUGUGCCUGACAGUCCAGUGAAAAACCGCUGGAGAAUUCCUGUAACUCUGGUACCUUCAGCCUGGAUAAGAAAGAAACCUUGAAAAAAAUGAUGUUCCUGAAAGAAGACUACAACUUCCAUUAGUAAGCAAGGACAACAGCAGAGCUUAGCUCUAAUGGCGAUAAACUGUUGUUGUUUGUGCUUGACCUUUAUUGCUCUGUGCAGCAACUCUUUAUACAAUAAGUUCAUUUAUUACUAGAAGAAUGCAAACAGUUAGGAUUGGAUUUAUGAUUCGGUCUCUUGAUACCAUGUGGCUAACUUAGUUAAAACCUUGUACAAUGGCAGUAUAUUGAAAUGGGAUAAUGUGGACAUGGUUACAGUAGCAAAGACGUCUUUGCGAUUUUCUAAUGAAUUACUGUAGCAUGUGAUUUAGAAAUCCUGCUAAGAAUGUGUUCUUGGCAGCAUUUGGUGAAACUUGUUUCAGUUAUAAAUUACAAUUUUUAACAGAAAAAGUUUUGUAUUGGGUAGAGGGGGUGAUUUCUCAUUCCAUGAAGAGGUUAGUAGAGGGUGAAAGCGAUCCUGAAACCUAUGCUUUAUAAUAUUUAAUGCAGUCUUAAGGAAAACAUUUUCUGAGUAAGAGAAUGUGAAUAUAUUUCAUUUAUUUCCUUUAAUAGUAAAAAAAAAAAAUUGACAUCUUUAUUCCUAUGCAUUAAUUAUAGUUGAGGUUAUAUGUAAGAAUAUUGUUGGGAUUCAAUUUCUGUUAUCAACUGUUUUCUUAAAACCUUUUUCUAUCCCUCUACCCCUAGAUUACCCAGAUCUUUAUGAAAUGCUUAUUUUGAUUGUACAUCUGUAAAUUAGUGUUUUAAAUACAAACAGCUGUUGAUAAAGAGAGUAGGUGCAGUCUAUAUUAAUCCCAACACAUGAAACUGACAGUACAAUAACCUGUAUCAAAUAUUCAGCAAUCAAAUAAUCUCCUCAUUAAAUGAAUAUAUGGACCUGUGUGGCCUUAAAAAUCAAAUAACCCUCUGGCCUGAACCCCCCCCCAAAAUAAGUCAUUAAAAGCAGAUUCCCCCAGCCUCAAAAUUGUAGUAAAUGAAUGAUAUAUGUCACUUUUCUAAAGUGGCAUUUUUGGUAGGUAGGUCUCUGCUAAUUUUUAUUUAAUUUGGCUUAGUAAAGGCCACUUAUAACUGUGCAGUCUUUGUAUAAUAUAUUGUCCUAUCUUGAUCUGUGCUACGCUUAGACAGAUGGAUCAUAGUUCCUCUUGUCUUUGUCAUUGUCCAAGUCCACUUCUACCACCACAUCUCUCUCUCUCUCUCUCUCUCUCUCUCUCUCUCUCUCUCUCUCAGCGUGGUCCAUCAGUUUUCACAAACAUCAUCUCUUUCUGUCUACCUAUUAUUCUUCAAUAUCACAUGGCUGUCACUUUGAAGUCCCUCAAGGAUAAAAAUGCCAUAGCUGUCACUACACAGAAAAAUGCUGUCGUAAUCUUGGUGUAGCGGAAUGGCUGAAAACGAGGUGGCCGUGCACCUUGCUUUACAGAAGAGAGUCCUCUGUUUUGAAGGCAUCUACUAUUUGAAGAGCUGCGCUGUCCAAGACUGGUACAAAAAUAGCAAGGGCCUUGGAAGCUGCCCAACUCCAGUUAGCACCCAGACAGCCAGACUGAGCAGUCGCACAAAUCACCUAGUCAUUAGAUAAUAGUUUUGCGUGAUCUUAGCAAAAGGCCAAGAAGCGGCACAAAUUCUCAAGGAAAUUGGCAUCGUUAUUGGCCGUUCACCACUCCUAGACUGCAAAUUGUAUAUUCUUUCUGUUUUCCCAGGAGUUAAGGCUGACUACCCUUUAAAACCUUUGGUGAUUUCCCUUUUAGUUGCAGCCAGACUGGUUGCAACACAGGGAUGUUUCUGUUAUUAAUGUGGACUGUUGGUGUAACCCUCCGCCCCCCAAAAACCCCCACCUUUCUCAGAAAAAUUAACCCAUCAUUUUCAGAUUUUGAAGGGAACUGCUAAAGCCAGGGGUCAGCAACCUUUUUCAGCAGGGGGCCAUUCCACCGUCCCUCAGACCAUGUGGUGGGCCGGACUAUAUUUUGGAAAAAAAUAUGAACACAUUCCUAUGCCCCACAAAUAACCCAGAGAUGCAUUUUAAAUAAAAGCACACAUUCUACUCAUGUAAAAACACCAGGCAGGCCCCACAAAUAACCCAGAGAUGCAUUUUAAAUAAAAGGACACAUUCUACUCACGUGGGCGGGCCGGAUUGAGAAGGCGAUUGGGCCGCAUCCGGCCCCUGGGCCUUAGGUUGCCUACCCCUGUGCUAAACCAAUGGACUUUGCUGCCACUUGGAGGGCUUUUGUGAUGCACAUGAACAAACACAGAAAGCUACUUAUCCCUUUUUAAUAUAUAUAUAUAAAUCUUUAUUAGUUUAAAAUACAAUCAUACAGUAAAUGUAAGUAGAACAAAAUUAAGCACAAAAGAGAACAAAAGAGAGAAAAAAGGGAUUCGUCACCUCAAAAAGGUCGAAAAAAGGUUUAAAUAUGACAAAAAAGAAAAAAAGACAAUUAAAAGAACCACAUAUUUAUACAACAUCAUGUUAUACUUACCUUUACUGUAUGAUUGUAUUUUAAACUAAUAAAGAUUUAUAUUUAAAAAUAAAAAAGGAAGCUACUUAUCCCAUUGAAGUAUCUUUAUUUGGCAAUGCCUAUGAAAUACAACACUGUUUGACUGAUUGGUCCAAAUCUUGCCUCUUUCACCCCAGUCUGUUUAACAAGACAACAUUCGUCCUCUUCAUUUAUUGCCUCCUUCUCUGUGUUGUACUAACCUUGGCUUUUCCAAAAAGCCAUUCCGGUGACAGUUUUGUAUUGCGUUUCUAUUUAAAUUAUAAUUUCCAAAUUACCAAAAUUCCAAGUUAUGCAAAUUUUAUGCAAAUCUGCACCCUUGCCUAUCCUCUUCCUUGGUGAUGCAUUUCUUUUUCUUUUUCUUUUUCUUUUUCGUGAUGCCUAAGUGUCCUCUCUAGCUAAGAGUAUGGAGUAGUAUGAGCCAGAAAAUCCCUGCUUUGAAACCUCUCAAAUGUGGAAAAAAAUCACAAGAAAAAAAAUCACUUUGGGACUUUUUAAAUUUUUGUUUCUUAAUCCUGUGCCUUUUUUGUGUCAUGGCUGAUUUUGCUAGAAAUAGUCUACCCGCCUCUAGUUUUUGUCUGGGUUCUCUCAAUUCCAUCCAACCUAUAUUAAGUACUGUACUAAUAACUCUGUCCAUGUAUACUAUUAUUGUGAGGAUUUUUUUUUCUGGGGAAAGGGGUAGACUAUAUAUCUGCAUCUCUUCUAUUUCCUGGGCCCAACAAGGAUCCAACUGCUGGAAAAGCCAGACAGGUUUCUUGGUGGUGGCCCCCUAAGUGUAGGUCAUUAAAGUAACGAAGUGGCUCUAUGGCAGAGAACAAAUGGGAAGGCCCUGCUCCCUCAACUGUCUGGUAGAAAGACAAAAACCAGAGCUGAGGUGUGAGAGCUAGAAGCUAGAGGCUAGAAGCAGGCUGGGCAGCUGAGAGACAGAGCCAUGCCUGAUUUCUGCUGGAAUCCAAGAGUGUGGCUCUGGGAGAAACACAACCUUCAUGGGGUGUUGAUGCUGUAAACCACCCUAUCAUAGACUCAGAUUGUGUAUACAGUGAGGAGGGGGAAGUAUUUGAUUCCCUGCUAAAUUUGCCCGUUUGCCCUGUGAUGAAGAAGUGAGCAGUCCAUAAUUUUAAUGGUAGGUUUACUGUAGCCGUGGGAGACAGAAUAAUAACAGGAAAACACCCAGAAGACAAAUGUCAGAGAUUGAUGUGCAUUAAUAAGUAUUUGAUCCCUUUGCAAAAGAUGACUUAGUACUUGGUGGCAAAACCCUUCUUGGCAAUUACAGAGGUCAGACGUUUCUUGUAGGUGGCCACCAGGUUUGCACACAUCUCAGGAGGUAUUUUGUCCCACUCCUCUUUGCAGAUCUUCUCCAAGUCAGUAAGAUUUUGAGGCUGAUGUGUAGCUACUCAAACCUUCAGCUCCCUCCACAGAUUUUCGAUGGGAUUAAGGUCUGGAGACUGGCUAAGCCACUCCAGGAGCUUAAUGUGCUUCUUCUUGAGCCACUCCUUUGUUGCCUUGGCCAUGUGUUUUGGGUCAUUGUCAUGGUGGAAUACCCAUCCGCGACCCAUUUUCAAUGCCCUGGCUGAGGGAAGGAGGUGCUCACCCAAAGUUUGACGAUACAUGGCCCCGUCCAUCGUCCCUUCAAUGCAAUGAAGGUGUCCUGUUCCCUUAGCAGAAAAACACCCCCAAAGCAUAAUAUGUCCCCCUCCAUGUUCAACGGUAGGGAUGGUAUUCUUGGGGUCGUAGGCAGCAUUCCUCCUCCUCUAAACAUGGCGAGUUGAGUUGAUGCCAAAGAGCUCAAUUUUGGUCUCAUCUGACCACAACACUUUCACCCAGUUCUCCUCUGGAUCAUUCAGAUGUGCACUGGCAAACUGCAGACCGGCCUAUACAUGUGCUGUCUUGAGCAAGGGGACCUUGCGGGCUCUGCAAGAUCUCAGUCCUCAACAGCGUAGUGUGUUACCAACUGUUUUCAUGGUGACUAUGGUCCCAGCUGCCCUGAGAUCAUGUGAUGGCCUGGGAUUCCGAUUCGGAGGGUGAAACAGAGGAAUCCCGGCCUGCACAGGAGUCCCCGCCUCCAGGGCCGGCUGAACUGGGGCAAGGCCUUGAUGCUGAAGAGCCUGCACCUGUGGCAGUGCAUCAGGAGCUGGCCCCAGGUGAAGCCCUUCGGGCCCCAGAGGGGCUUGAUGACUCAGUGGCCACAGGUGAGCCUCCUCCAGGGCCCAGUAACCCUUCGGCCUCUCCUGAUCUGCAGAGGCUUAGGGCAGAGAGGCGAAGGGAACUGGUUGCCCCCAGGAGGAGUGCUCGCCUUAAGGCCAGAGGAGGCGGGGCUCCUGGGGACCGGGACCGGCCCUGGCCUUAGAAGAGGAUAAAAGCCCAGUCAGCCCGGCCCCAGGUUGCGGGAGCAACGUCGUUGUUGGCUUCGGACCUUCCUGUGUUCCUGAUCCCUGCUCGGCUUCCUGUUCCUGACUAUCCGGUACUCCUGCUCCCUGCUCGGCCUCCUGUUCCCGACCAUCCGGUGUUCCUGUUCCCUGCACAGCCUCCUGUUCCAGCAUUCCUGUUCCCCGCCCGGCUCUCUGCCUCGGACCUUGCCCCUCUUCGUGUGGACUCUGCUACACCCAAGGUACCUUACCCCCGGGACCAGCACAGUUUGCUCCCGCCAAACCCGCACUCCCCCUUCGUAGGGGUGCGUUCGGGAAGAGCCAGAGGCCAUGGCUGACCAGGCGGCUGCACUGGUGGCUUUGGCCCAGAAGAACCAGGCCUUGACUCACACCGUGCAGCAGCUCAGUGACGCGGUUGUGGCACUUCAACAACGCUUGGAAGCCCUACCGGCUCCUGGGGCCGACGCCCGGCUCCUGGCAAGUACCCAGUGGCUUUGCCUGAGAAAUUUGAUGGAGCCCCGGCCAGCUUUCCCAUGUUCCUGGCCCAGGCCAAGCUGUAUAUUCAGGGGCGAGCCCGGAACUUUCCUGACGAUCGCACCAAGGUGCACUUUUUGAUUAGUUUGUUAAAGGACCAGGCGGCCAAGUGGGCGUUGCCGCUACUCAGGCAAGACUCCCCUUGCUGGCAGACUAUACGGGGUUUUGCAAUCGUUUGGAGGCCGCGUUCGGCAACCCCCAGAAAGGGAGUCAAGCCAACCGGGCGAUUCGGCGUUUGAAACAGGGCAAGUCCACGGUGGCCGCAUAUACCACGGAGUUUCGGCUGUUGGCACAGGACUUGACCUGGAAUGAUUCGGCACUGCGGGACCAGUAUCUCGAAGGGCUUUCGGACGAGGUACUGGACCAGUUGGCCACAAUGGAACGCCCCACCACGCUAGACACUCUCAUUCAACGGAGUCUACAAAUAGACGACCGGUUGGAGGAUCGUCGUCAGGCCCGGGGUCGCCGACACUUCCAGUUCACGGCACCAGCUUUUCCGGCAGCCCCACGGUCACAACUGAUUUAACGGAGGAGCCUAUGCAGCUCGGGGCAGUGCGGCCACGCCUUUCCCCGCAGAGAAGGCGCGGCGUCGGGAGGGAAUCUCUGUCUUUACUGUGGCGGAAGUGGACACUUCGCUCGGUCUUGCCCUGAGAAACGCCAGCCGCAGGGAAACCGCCAACCCCAGUAGCUGAUGGCCCUAGCUGCCGGGGGUCCCAAACCGCGCAGAAUGGGCCUGCAUCAAUGGACUCGCAACAUCUUAUGGUUCCGGUACGUUUAUACCCUCCAGGUGGGCCCUGGAUCCCCACCCAUGCUUUGGUGGAUUCAGGGGCAACCCGCUCUUAUAUGGACGCUGCUUUUGCCGCCCAUCAUCAGGUGCCACUCCGGAACAAGCCAGUACCGGUCCAGGUGGAAGCGAUUGACGGACGACUUCUGUGUUCAGGUGCCGUUACUCAGGAGACCCAGCCCCUGGUCCUGUGUUUCCAGCAGCACCGGGAGUUGCGAACUUUGGACAUUGCCUCUAUGCCCCGCUUCCCCUGGUGCUCGGGAUGGACUGGCUGGAAGCCCACAACGUUCAGAUUCACUGGGUCAAACGGACCGUGCACUUCCCAGACCCAUGUUCCCAUGCUCAAUCCGGGACGCUGGCGGCCGCGCCCUCAGAGGAGGCAGCACCCACGCUCCCAGCCGUGUAUCAGGACUACCAGGACGUGUUCGAGGAACGGGGGGCAGACCAGCUGCCGCCGCAUCGGCCUUUUGACUGCGGCAUAGACCUCCAACCCGGAGCGCCUCUACCAGUGAGUCGCUUAUAUUCUCUAACAGAGCCAGAGCGCGAGGCUUUGCAGGACUUCUUGCGCAAGAACCUGGAGCGUGGGUUCAUUAGGCCGUCCACCUCGCCUACCGCGGCACCAGUGCUUUCGUUAAGAAGAAAUGUGGGGAACUCCGCCCUUGCCAUGAUUACCGAGCCUUGAACAAAAUUACCGUCCCAGACCGAUACCCCUUGCCCCUUAUCUCGGAGCUGCUGGAGCGGGUGCAAGGGGCACAGGUGUUCACCAAGCUGGACCUCCGGGGGGCCUACAACUUGAUUCGGAUCCGAGCCGGGGAUGAGUGGAAGACAGCGUUUGGGACCCGGUACGGGCAGUUCGAAUAUUUGGUUAUGCCUUUCGGGUUGUGCAACGCGCCUGCUGUGUUCCAACGCUACAUCAACCACGUGUUUCAGGACUUGUUAGACAAGUACGUGGUGGUGUAUUUGGAUGACAUACUGAUUUACUCCCGUGACCCGGCUCGCCAUGAGGGACAUGUCCGGACCGUGCUGCAGCGCUUGCGUGAGCACCGUUUGUACGCAAAGCUCAGCAAGUGCGAGUUCCAUCAGCGGACUGUGGACUUCCUUGGUCACCGGCUCUCUCCGGAUGGGGUGCAAAUGGACCCGGGAAGGUGACAGCGGUUCAAGAAUGGGCGGCACCCCGGAACCGCAAGGACCUACAACGUUUCCUGGGGUUCGCCAAUUACUACCGGACCUUCAUCGCUGAUUAUGCUCAUCGCACCACCCCGUUGACCCGGCUACUGCGCCCAAAGACGCCGUUUUCCUGGGACAAGGAGGCAGAGGAGGCGUUUCAGGGGUUGAAGGCCUGUUUCCAGAGGGCACCAAUCUUACAACAUCCUGACCCCUCUCGACCCUUUGUGGUGGAGACCGACGCCUCCAGUACGGCUCUCGGUGCCGUCUUGUCUCAACAGAUUGGGCCCGAGCGCCACUCUUACCCUGUGCCUUCUAUUCCCGCCAGCUCCUACCAGCGGAGCGUAACUAUACUGUGUGGGAGCGGGAACUACUGGCCAUCAAGGUAGCCUUUGAGGUCUGGCGCCACCAUCUUGAGGGUCACGACAUCCGGUGGAGGUAAGAACCGACCACCGGAACCUGGAGUACCUCCAGACCACCCGCAAGCUGAACCAAAGACAGAUCCGGUGGGCGUUGUUCUUUUCCCGGUUCCAGUUUCGGAUCCGCUACAUCCCUAGCUCUCAGAAUCUGAAGGCGGAUGCCCUGUCCCGGAAACCUGAAGACAACGCAGACACGGUACAGCAAGCAGAACCCGCCACGAUCCUACCUCCGGCCGCAUUCCUGGCCACCCAGGAGGCGCAGCCACUGCAGGUUCGGGUGCGGGAACAGCAGCGGGUCGACGCUUGGGCCCAGGAACGACUCCGGGAGCUGGCUGAAGGGUCCAGCCCACAGUAUCCGGGGCUGGUCCUGCAUCAGGGCCUCCUGCUGCACCACGGUCGUCUGUACAUCCCGCCAGGGCCACUGCGGCUGGAGGUUCUCCGGAUGGCCCAUGAUGCCCCGGCAGCGGGGCACUUUGGACGGUAUCGGACCACCCAUCUGGUCAGUCGUGAGUUUUGGUGGCCCCGCCUGAAGGCUGACGUGGCUCGCUACGUUGCUGGUUGUGAUGUCUGCCGACGCGCCAAGGGGCCUACCGGGCGACCCCCGGCCUACUUCAGCCAUUGCCAGUUCCACCGCGCCCUUGGCACACAGUUUCGUUGGACUUUGUAGUGGACUUACCCUCGUCUCGUGGCUGUACCUGCCUUCUGGUUUUCUCCGACCAUUUCACCAAGAUGGUGCACUGCGCUCCCUGUCCAUCUGUACCCACAGCCAAGGAAACUGCUCAGCUGUACCUUCAGCAUGUCUUCCGCCUGCAUGGACUACCUGAGCGCGUGGUGUCCGACCGGGGCGUUCAGUUCACAUCCCGGUUCUGGCGAGCAUUACACCAGACCCUCGGGACAGAGGUCUGCCUCUCGUCAGCCUACCACCCACAGACCGAUGGCCAGACGGAACGGGCGAACGCGGUGCUGGAGCAGUACCUCCGGUGUUACUGCAGCUACCAGCAGGAUGACUGGGUCGACCACCUGGCAUUGGCGGAGUUCGCCUAUAACAACGCGGUGAAUGCGUCCACCCAGCAGACCCCGUUCCAGGCCAGUUAUGGUUAUCAUCCACGGCUGUUUCCAGAGGUGCUGCCGGCAUCCGCGGUCCCGGCGGUGACGGAGUGGCUUCAAGAGCUCCAGUCCCAGCAACAGCUUUUGGUGGAGCAACUGCACCAGGCCAAGGAAGCGUACAAAGCCCAGGCCGACCGCCACCGCCAGGUGGGGCCGGAACUCGCGUCGGUGACCUGGUUUGGCUCUCCACUCGCCACCUCCACCCCUCUCGACCUUCGCGGAAGUUGGACGCCCGCUUCACCGGCCCGUUCCCUAUCGUAGACCAAAUCUCUCCUGUGGCAUUCCGUCUCCGGUUACCCGCAACCCUGAAGGUUCACCCGGUCUUCCACAGGUCCCUUUUGAGUCCGGUGGCCCCACCCGACGAGUUCCACCAGAACCGUCCCCGACCGCAGCCAGUGUUGGUUCGGGGAGAGCCUGAGUACGAGGUGGAACGCAUCCUGGACUCCCGAUACCGCAGGGGAAAGCUGCAGUAUCUCAUUGACUGGAAGGGGUACGGACCGGAGGACCGUUCCUGGGAACCAGCGGCCAAUGUCCAUGCACCUGCCUGCCUCCGAGAGUUCCAUGCGACGUAUCCCGGCAAGCCGGGUCCGGACCCUCGGUUGAGGGGGGGGCCUGGGUGAUGGCCUGGGAUUCCGAUUCGGAGGAUGAAACAGAGGAAUCCCGGCCUGCACAGGAGUCCCCGCCUCCAGGGCCGGCUGAACUGGGGCAAGGCCUUGAUGCUGAAGAGCCUGCACCUGUGGCAGUGCAUCAGGAGCUGGCCCCAGGUGAAGCCCUUCGGGCCCCAGAGGGGCUUGAUGACUCAGUGGCCACAGGUGAGCCUCCUCCAGGGCCCAGUAACCCUUCGGCCUCUCCUGAUCUGCAGAGGCUUAGGGCAGAGAGGCGAAGGGAACUGGUUGCCCCCAGGAGGAGUGCUCGCCUUAAGGCCAGAGGAGGCGGGGCUCCUGGGGACCGGGACCGCCCCUGGCCUUAGAAGAGGAUAAAAGCCCAGUCAGCCCGGCCCCAGGUUGCGGGAGCAACGUCGUUGUUGGCUUCGGACCUUCCUGUGUUCCUGAUCCCUGCUCGGCUUCCUGUUCCUGACUAUCCGGUACUCCUGCUCCCUGCUCGGCCUCCUGUUCCCGACCAUCCGGUGUUCCUGUUCCCUGCACAGCCUCCUGUUCCAGCAUUCCUGUUCCCCGCCCGGCUCUCUGCCUCGGACCUUGCCCCUCUUCGUGUGGACUCUGCUACACCCAAGGUACCUUACCCCCGGGACCAGCACAGAUCAUUGACAAGUUCCCCCCGUGUAGUUCUGGGCUGCUUCAUCACCGUUCUCCUGAUCAUUGCAACUCCACAAGAUGAGAUCUUGCAUGGAGCCUCAGACCGAGGGAGGUUGACAGUUAUUUUGUGUUUCUUCCAUUUGUGAAUGAUUGCACCAGCUGUUGUCACCUUCUCACCAAGCUGCUUGGCAAUAGUCUUGUAGCCCAGUCCAGCUUUGUGCAGGUCUAGAAUCUUGUCUCUGACAUCCUUGGACAGCUCUUUGGUCUUGGUCAUGGUGGCUACUUUGGAAUCUGCUGGAUUGAUUGCUUCUGUCGACAGGUGUCUUUUGUAAAGGUGCUGUAACGAGCUGGGAUUACAGGUAAGACCUCUCCCUUACAGCAGGCGCUUCUAAUCUCAGCUCGUUACAUACAGUGAAGAUACCAGGUAGCCUGACAUCUGACUGGUUGAUCAAAUACUUUCCCCCUCAUGGGCCCUGAACCCGGCCUUGGCUAGGGAGGGCGGGGUAUAAAUAAAAAAUAUUAUUAUUAUUAGUAGUAGUAGUAGUAGUAGUAGUGUAAAUAAACCAUAGAUUUACACAGUCUCUGCUGUCCCUCAUGCUGAGGAAAGCAAACUUUUGGUAAGCACCCAGAACCCCUGGAAUCUCAUACUGCUGGGAGAUUGGCGUGGCAAUGAACAAUAUUCAUAGUAUAUACAUAACUCAAUGCAAAUAUUAACAUAGAAUAUACUGUACAGUUUUGCAAAACUAGGGCAAUCCUUGGAGAAUUCGAGUUCCUUAAAAUGACAAGAUUAUUUUUUGCAUUUGUCGGCAAAUGCAAUUCUUCAUCAAGAUAAUGCUAUUAUUGAGUAGGAGGGUUUAUUAUUGUUAUUAUUACAACGUAGCUGGUUGAACUGAUUAUACAAAUGUGAAAAGGGAAUUGGAGUGGUUUGUGGCAUAAGCUCGCAGGGAUGGGCAAAAUGAAUUCGCAAGUGUUUGCAUAGUGCCUAGUACAAUGGAGGACUGAUUCUAAUUAAAGCCUUUGGGAGUUGCUCCAGUAGACAUUUCCAAUAAUAUUGCCAGAAAACCUAAAGGCAUCUCUCUCUCUCUCUCUCUCUCUCUCUCUCUCUCUCUCUCAACAUGCUCUGUUAUCUGAGCACUAUUAAAAGAUAAGCAAGAGCAAGAAGUCUUGCUGUGGAACAGUCACAGCUGCCGCUGUUUCACCUGGAAGUUUUUCUCUCCACAGAAGCAAAUAGAUUUGAUGAAGGAUUUACUACUUGAGUGAUUGUCUAGUGAAAUCUAAUGCUACUGAAAAAACACUGUGCAAUUGCUUCCUUUUUGGUAACAAGCCAUCAGAUGCUUUGAAAAACCCUUUUAAGGGGGAGAAUAGAAAAAAUGACCUAUUUGUGAAUCGGUUGUAAUUGUUACAUGCACUUUCAUACCCCUCUCUUUAGUCUGAAUUAUGUUUGAGUGGCUUCCAUCAGGCUAAAAACCCAAUAAAAAACAAUUAAUAUCUGCUUCUUUCAUUUUAUAAGCUCACUGCAGUGACUUUGCAAUUGGUAGAAUAUAUAUGCGUGUGUGUGUGUUUGCUUUUGCUUUCCCCCCUUAACUUUGUUUUUAAUUUAACAACAUUUCAUUUCCACUGAGUUAGAAAUGUAACAACUAAAUAUUUGUAUCUUAUCUAUUUCUCUUCUCACAAUUAAUUUAAAUUGGUAAGCUCUUCAAGCAAACAUAACUUUUUCAUAAGCUUACAGAGUUGGAGAAGAAUCAUUUGGUUUAUCUCUUCUACUUUUCUGUUGCUUAAAGCUACACUGACUGCUAAGAAUGGCUUCCUUUGCUUCUAAAUGCUUGGAAAGUGAUUGGUUGUCUAUUUCCUGUGUUGUUGUUCUUUAUUAAAUUUCUAUUGCACCUUUAAUUUCAAGGACUGCUGGGUGGCCAAAAACAAAGAAAAGGAAAAACAAAAGAAAAAACAUUUUAAAAAUAUCUUCUGCAGCUAAAAAUUUAAUGCCUAGGUCAGAGGUUAUCAACCUUUUUGUGUCCAUGGCUCCCUUGACCAACUACAGUGGUACCUCGGGUUAAGAACUUAAUUCAUUCUGGAGGUCCGUUCUUAACCUGAAACUGUUCUUUUUUUAAAAAAAUUUUAUUUUAUUUUAUUAAAAUAAUUCAACAUUAAUACAUACAUAUUACGAAUAUACAGACAAACAUACAUUUCAUACAGUCCUUAAAUAUAUUCAUAGAUACCCAUACUCAAUCCCACACAUACUUCCUUUUCCUACCACCAUCCCUCACCCCUCACCCCACCCUUGUGUUAGACUUCCAAUCUACUCAAUUGCAAUUUCUUUCCACUUCUAUUACUUUCUUUCACACACUUUUAAACCAACUUUCUACUUCUUUUUCUGUUACACAUUGUUAUCCAACUUAUUUAGUAUUUCAGUAUUUAUAAUGGAACUUAAUUAUUCUAAUAGGAGUUCUGAUUUUUCAAUAUGAUUUUGCAAAUACCUUCUCAACCUGAAACUGUUCUUAACCUGAGGUACCACUUUAGCUAAUGGGGCCUCCCACUGCCACCACGUGAUUUCUGUUCUCAUCCUGAAGCAAAGUUCUUAACCCGAGGUACUAUUUCUGGGUUAGUGAAGUCUGUAACCUGAAGCAUCUGUAACCUGAAGCGCCUGUAACCCGAGGUACCACUGUAUAUGCUUUCUGCGGCAGCCCUGUGGGGCUCAGGAGUCCAGUUAGGUCACCCCUUGCCGCAGCUGCUGCCCCUGGUCUCUGAGCUGCCCCCCUGCCCCAAAGAGAGGUGCCUCCUCACACUGCCCCACAGGGGCCUGAGAAGCACCCCCUGGCCAGCCCCAGAGGCACCAUUCGCCUAGGGAGCUUGUAGCCAGGGCUGCAGCAACAAACAGCUGUGCAAGCCUUUGGGGGCCAGAGACAUGAACAGGCAUUAGAGGAGGGAGGGAAGGAAAGAGGGACAGAGGCCAGUGUUGCCCACGGCACCCCUGACCAUCAUCCAAGGAACCCCAGGGUGUCACGGCACACCUUGAAAACCACUGGCCUAUGUGAAAAGGGAUGUUUUAAAAUUCAGUCUGAAUGUUAAUAAUGAGGCAGACAGAAGCACAUUACCUUCUUGUUUCCUUAAAAGUGCAACUCUAUGCAUGUGCAAGAUGAUUAAUGCUUAGAAUUCAAUGGGAUUUAUUGCCAGGUAAUGAUGUAUGUCUACUCUCUUGUCUACGCAGGAAUGCAUCCCUCUAAAUUCAGUGCGGUUUACUUCCAGGUAAGAGGGGCUAGAAUUGCAGCCUAACUUCUUUGCUACAUUAGGUUAGAAUGCUGCAGAAACUUACCUGGGAGUACACCCAGUUGAACUUAAUGGACAUUACUUCUGAGUAGACACAGAUAGGAUUGUACUGUUAGCUCCCCCCCCUUUCCCUUUUAGUUAAGGUCAUUACUUCACACGUCUUCUGUUCAUUUUAAUAUUUGUUCACAGAAAUAAUUUUCGCAAUAUUGGCAAUUCAUUUAAACAUUUGCUGAGUGUGCACUUACCCCAUUUGUAACACAGACGUCUGCUUUCUAAUAAGCAACACAAGACAUAAUUGAUGUUUGUCAUGAUUACUGAGCGAAGCUAUGUGAACAUUGCAACCAAAUUGCAAAGUCUUAUGUUCAUUCUCCAGUAAAAAUGAAAUAUCAUUGUAGAGCAUGUGCUUGAACCAUGAAAUUAACAAGUUGUUUUUAAUUGACCUGCUUCGUCUGCAAGCAAAUAAUUUGUUUACUAAUCUGGCUUUUUAACUCUCAUUUUGUUUGGUUCUUACAGACUAAAAUGCAUCACACAUAGAUAUUUAUUUCAAUAAUGGCUUUUAUAGAGUUGAUAUAUGUGUGGUGUUUUACACGGUUUUUGAAAACACUCUGUGCAAAAAGUAAAUAGUCAUCUUGUCCCAUAAUGAAAAUUCCAAAAUCCCCACCAGGGCCAUCCAAAAGAUCACAAAAUAAUGUGCAUGUUUUCAUGUUCUCCAGAACUCUUCCUUCAGGUGGAAUAAAAUUUUUGACUUGUGGUGACAAGGCCGCGAGCUCAUCCACACUUACAUUUUGCCCCCCUCUUUCCAGACAGAGGCCCGUCCUUAAAGCUCCAUGUCCCAAGUGUGUUUGGUUGGUUGUUUUCCCCCAAGCUUUCCUCGUGAAAAUCUGCUCUUUAAAGCAGAAUCGGAGUAAACGUUUAUUUGGGUUUUCUGUUGAUUGACAUUUGCUCCAAUUGAGCUUUAAAGAGUGGGUUUUUGCGGGGAAAGUUCUGGAGCAAAAAAAUAAAGAAAUAAAGUUGGGGGUGCUCAGACACAGAGCUUUAAAUUGGUUUAUGCUUGGAAAGAGCAGAGGAAAAGUAAGUGUGGAUAAGCACCAUUAGUAUGCAUCUGGUAAGAGACUUAAGGCAAAGGUGACGGCAGACAUUCAAAUGAGGCUCUUAGAUGCUGUGCAUAGACCCUCCAAAUGUCUCUAUUUUCUGGGGUCAUUCCCAGACUUACAGGAGCUGUCCAGUUUCUGAUUUGCUCACAGAAUGUCCUGCUUUUCCUUAGGAUGUCCCUAUUUUCAUCAGAUAAAUGUUGAAAGGUAUGGAGUUAUGCGACCCCCCAAGGACAUAAGUAACUAUGCAACCUUUAAAAGACAUCUGAAGGCAGCCAUGUAUAGGGAAGUUUUACUUAAUGUUUAAUUUUUUUUAGGUUUUUCAAUGUGCUGAGGCAACCCAGUCAGAUAGAUGGGGUAUAAAUAAUAAAAUCAUCCUCAUUUUCCUCCUCAUCAUCAUUGAAUAGGAUGUCCCUAUUUUCAUCAGAUAAAUGUUGGAGGGUAUGUGUACAGCUAUCUGGUUGCACCAAGGACUACACAGGGAGGAACAAACAUAACAAAUGGCUAUUUCUACGCCUUCUUUAUUUAGCAAACGAUGGAACCUAUGAAUGGCCUAUUUCUCUUUGAGGUGGUAAAUUUGUGUCUUGGCCACUUCUGAUUGCAGGUGUGAAGUGAUGCUGCCUAGAUAUCUUCACUGCCUCUGUGAGAAAUAGACCUAUACAAAUAAGAUCCAAUGUAUAUGCUGAAUUCACAUAGACUCAAAUAAUUAUUGAAUGGCAGCGGCAUGUUUCAAAAUUUGAAGAAGAGUUUGGAUUUGAUAUCCCGCUUUAUCACUACCCGAAGGAGUCUCAAAGCGGCUAACAUUCUCCUUUCCCUUCCUCCCCCACAACAAACACUCUGUGAGGUGAGUGGGGCUGAGAGACUUCAGAGAAGUGUGACUGGCCCAAGGUCACCCAGCAGCUGCAUGUGGAGGAGCGGAGACGCGAACCUGGUUCCCCAGAUUACGAGACUACUGCUCUUAACCACUACACCACACUGCAUUUUUGUCUACAUGUUCUAGCACAGGAUAAGGCCAAAAAGGUAAAGGUAAAGGACCCCUGGCAGUUAAGUCCAAUCGCGAGCGACUCUGGGGUUGCGGCGCUCAUCUCGCUUUACUGGUCAACAGUUUUUCCAGGUCAUGUGGCCAGCAUGACUAAGCCGCUUCUGGCAAAACCAGAGCAGCGCACGGAAACGCUGAGCAGUACCUAUUUAUCUACCGGUACUUGCACUUUGACAUGCUUUCGAACUGCUAGAUUGGCAGGAGCAGGGACCGAGCAACAACUCACUUAAACGGGAACUUUAUGCCAGAAAACUGUAAUGGGACUCAGACUGGAGUAAUUCUUAUCUACGUGUGGGAUGCGAUUUGUCAUUCAGCAGCAUCCUAGUACAUCAUUUAAAGAUUCUGUAGACUCCCAACGGAUGUUUCAAUGCUUUUCUUUAUUUUGCUUUGCUUUGUUUUCAUCAUUUGCUUUGCUUCUCCCUUCCUUGUACUGAAUGUGUUGCGUUGAAUGACUGAAAAUAGUUACCGUAGUUGCAUGGUGAAUACGAGUGAUUGGAUUUUGUAUCAACAUCUUUUAGCAUAUCUUGUAUAUAAUAAAAAUCAUAAUUUAUUAUUUAUACCCCGCCCAUCUGGCUGCGUUUCCCCAGCCACUCUGGGCGGCUUCCAACCGAAUAUUAAAAACAAUACAGCAUCAGACAUUAAAAACUUCCCUAAACAGGGCCGCCUUCAGAUGUCUUCUAAAAGUAAAAUAGUUGUUUAUUGCCUUGACAUCUGCUGGGAGGACGUUCCACGGGGCAGGCGCCACUACCGAGAAGGCCCUCUGCCUGGUUCCCUGUAACCUCACUUCUCGCAGUGAGGGAACCACCAGAAGGCCCUCGGAGCUGGACCUCAGUGUCCGGGCAAAACGAUGGGGGUGGAGACGCUCCUUCAGGUAUACAGGACCGAGGCUGUUUAGGGCUUUAAAGGUCAGCACCAACACUUUGAAUUGUGUUCAGAAACGUACUGUAUGUCCAAAUUAUGCAUUACACCAACUAAACAUUCAAUAUCGCUGGUACCUUUGCUAGUGCAUAUUUAACAACAACAACACCAUAUUAUGUUAUUGUUUUAUUAUUUUGCUUUAUUGUUUUAUUUAGUUUCCCCAGGCACUCUGUGUGGCUUCCAGCACAUAUAAAAACAUAAUAACACUUCAAACAUCAAAAGCCUCCCAAUACAGGGCUGCCUUCAGAUGUCUUCUAAAGGUUGUAUAGUUCUUUAUUUCCUUGACAUCUGAAGGGAGGGUGUUCCACAGGGUGAGUGCCACUGCCGAGAAGGCCCUCUUGCCUGGUUCCCUGUAACUGCAACUGCAUUUGAAAUCCUGAAAAUUAUACUAGGAAUGAUACGCAGCACAAUAGCAUGUAUCACUUUGUUCUAUUUAUGAUUUCUUUGAGUGUCAAAUAGUUCCCAUAAAAAUCCUUUUUGAUAGUAUCUGUCAGCCAGGUUCAAUGGAAAUGUGUUAAGAUUCUUUAGGCUUGGCAAUGUUGUCCCGGACUAUCUCUUAUUUUGAACUUUGACUUAGCAUCUUUGACUGAGCAUCUUGCACUUGAGACUCUGUUCUAUACUUAACACUUUGCUAAGCCAGAGCAACUCUUUGAACAUUGGUAUGGAUGGAUCUAUUAUAUUGCAUCUUUUAUACCUUAGCAGCGAAACAGAACAAUGUUUAUACCCCAGGCAUGAGCAGAAAGCCCUUGUGUGAUGCAGCUCUUUCAGAUUUGCAAGAAUAAUAUGGCUAUGUAGAGUUAGAUCUACUGCUCUUUAUCCCUAAUAUCGUUCAGUUCAUAUGAGAUGUUUAAUAGGUUCGAAAACUUAUUUCUUCCUGAGCAAGAACAACUAGCUAGAAGUACAAGUUCUUUUGAUGGCUCUCUGGGAAAGAAACCCACCCCCUGCUUUCAAACAAAUUUGAGGAUUUAAAAAAAAACAAAUGUUGUUCUAAUAGAGGCAAAUAAUUGAUUUUUAUACUUUGCCUGCCUUGCAGGUUUUCCAGAUUCAUUUUCUACCGGGCCAUGUUUUGUGUGAACAAUGCUGCAACUGAGUAUGACUAACCUUUUCCCUAAGAAAAUGAGAAAAACGAGAUGUUUUACAUUUUUGAAACAGGGCUACUAAUGCAUGAAAAAUGCCUCCAGAGAUUUUGCACAGAGACAAUUUAAGAACAAUUGUGUGUGUAGGUAAGGUGUUAGCAUCCUGCAUAUGUAACUUCCAUUAUUCAAAUUCAUAAAAGGAAAUUUUGCUGUAUAGCUUUGUGAAUACAUUAUCCAUAUUUUCCAAAACAAAAAUACCUAGGGUUUAACUUGGAAAGCCAACAAGAAAAAUCAACCAACAACGUAUCUUGCUGCAGUUUUCAGGGCAGAGAGAAGGAAGCAGUGUGGACCCCCAAGGAUAUGUAUUGGGAAUGAUCUCAGCAGCCAAUUCUGCAGAUGAUACCAACUUGUUCAGGGUGGUAAUAUUCAAAGCAGACUGUAAAGAACACUAGAAGGCUUUCUUUGACCAAGGUGGACAGGUCCGUCGAUGAGCAUUACCCAAUAUAGCUAAAUGGAACCGCCAGAUUCAAAGGCAGUAUAUCUCAGAAUACCAUUUGCCGGACACCGUGGAAAACAGGAUGGUGUACAGAUAGACCUUUGAAUCUGAUUCGGCAGGGCUCUUACGUUUUCAGGCCAACACGAAAAGGAAGUUACCCUUUUGCAGCAGAUUCUGGCUAACGGUUGCAUGCUUCGGAUUUUGCAUGACUCGGUGACAGCUGAAAUUACUAACCACACCACAAUUUCAUUAUCAGAGCAUGGUGUUCUCAGCAUACACAUUACGGGAACUUUUGGCAAUCUUUCCAAAAAGACUAAUCACAAUUUCCAAUUACUGAAUGAUGUUUAUCUACAUGCGUACCAAUAUUAUCGCCAGGAAAAAACCUGAGUAAGCUUUUGUUUGGGCCAGGGAAGCUGGGAAAUUAAGGCAUUGGAAAUUGUGCUUGUGUUUGGUCCUGGAACAAAUGAGGAUGACAUCUCAAUAUACUUUAAAAGCAAAAUGCCUGCAGAUGAGGAUUAAGGAGUUAAGGGGGGGGGACCUACAAGGAAAAAAUGAUUAUUGGCAAGGAAUAUGUAGGAAGAGAGUGAACUGGCAUUGUGUAAAAGCUCUAUAGUGUGCCAGGCAUAGGAGGAAGCAAAGGAGAUUAGGUGGAGUCAUCUAAGAGAACAGGACCUGACAAAGAGAUUAAGAGAGCAGCUUGUGACAAAAAGACAAAACUUUUAGAUGAAUGGCUGUCCCUUUGUACAUUUAGUCAGGAAUACCCAGGAUUUGGUUCAUGGUGUGUGUUUUAAUCACUUGGGACAGUUCUGUUAAAUUCAAGAAGUAUGAAAACUUGUCCAGAAAGUCUAACACAGUCAUAUUUAAUUUUCAGAAGAGAAAACUCUUAAAAAUCAUGAUGGGAUUAGUUUGAAGGAAGUUGGAAGGGACAGUCAGGAGUCUCAGAUAUCUUCAGGAAGCUUGGAUAUUAUCAAAGGCUGUGUACACAGUAUGUAGGGACGCGGGUGGCACUGUGGUCUAAACCACUGAGCCUCUUGGGCUUGCCAAUCAGAAGGUUGGUGGUUUGAAUCCCUGUGAUGGAGUGAGCUCCCGUUGCUCUGUCCCAGCCCCUGCCAACCUAGCAGUUCAAAAGCACACCAGUGCAAGUAGAUAAAUAGGUACCACUGCGACAAGGUAAACGGCGUUUCUGUGCACUCUGGUUUUGGUCACUGAGUUCCGUUGUGCCAGAAGUGGUUUAGUCAUGCUGGCCACAUAAUCCAGAAAGCUAUUUGUGGACAAACGCCGGCUCCCUUGCCCUGAAAGCUGAGAUGAGCGCCACAAUCCCAUAGUUGCCUUUCUCUGGACGUAACUGUCCACAGGUCCUUUACCUUUUUUUUUUAACACAGUAUACAUUUAAAGCACAUGGCUUAGUCCAAAGAAUCCUGGGAACUUUAGUUUACACCUCACAGAGCUAUAAAUGGCAGCAACUUAAACUACAGUUCCCAUGAUUUUUUUGAGGGGGCACCAUGUGUUUUAAGUGUGUACAGAGCCUUAAACUACUAUGAUAGAAGCAGAAUAAUGUUUGUGCCGAUUCAGUAGUAAAGAAUGGGUUUUCAUGGGGGAAGCACCGGGUGAAAGAAAGAAAGAAAGAAAGAAAGAAAGAAAGAAAGAAAGCACUCCAACAUGGCACUUGAAAGCACAGACCUUUGGCCUCUGGCUUUCUAGGCACAGAUAAGUGUGGCUCCUCCUAGACAGGAAGGAGGAUAAGACUUCCUGCCUCACUGGAGCUUUGCUUGAGAAACAAGUUCUAUCUGAGCUCUGCUGUGUUUGGUACUUCCAGGUUUGGUCUUCUGGUUUGCCCUCUUCUUCUGAUUUCUGUUUGGUCUUCACCCGCUCCAGACUUCAGCUCAGAGCACAGCCAAAAAGCUUCUUGUAAAUGGUGGAGGCUUUACCAAAAUGAGAAAACUAUAAGAGGAGCACAACUCUGUAAAAAGCACAAUAAUUUGAGGAUUAUAUUGCUUAAAACAAACAGUGCACAUUUCUUCAAAUGCAUUCGAAUCAAGAAAUUGGCCAGAGAGGCAAUUCUAGUGCUAGAUGACAAACCUGAGAAAGAAUGA